AUCAUUCUGGAGACCUGCUGUUCAGAUGGUCUGCAAGAUGGAAAUAAUAUGGCAGUAGUCUCACCUUGACAGAUGACUCCAGCCCCCAAACCUCAAAAUUCACUUUGCAGUCCUCCGUGAUCAUAGAGAGCCAUCUGGAGACUCCUAGACAUACUAAAGGUCAGUAGGUGUUUAAAUUUAAGAACAUAAGAUGCACCUCCUGGAUCAGGCCAGUGGCAUCCUGUUUUCACGGUGGCCAACCAGAUACACUAGUGGGAAACUUGCAAGCAAGAACUGAGCUGAACAGCACUCCAGCCUCCUGUGGUUUCCAGCAACUGGUAUUGAGAAGCAUGACUGCCUCUGCCCAUAGAGGCAGAGCAUCUCCUCCAUGAAUUUGUCCAAUCCUCUUUUAACGCCAUCCAAGUGGGUGGCCAUCCUUGUCCCCUGCAGGACUAGGUUCCAUAGCUGAACUAUGUGCUGCCUGACACUGGAGCCAACUCCAGGGGGCCAUGGGUGCUUUGGCACCCACAAUAAUAUAUUUGUGGGGCUGUGCCCCCCCCCAAGUCAACAGGCAACGUUGAAGCCCUUCAUUGUGGGCACCCACAAUCUUUGGUGCAAGAUGGCACCUAUGCUGCCUGAAGAAGUCUUUAAUUUCUAGCUGAUGGACCUGAUACCAAAAGGCAUCCAGGAUACAGCUAAAGGCUGGGGAGCCUGUGGCCCUCCAGAUGUUGCUGGACUACAACUCCCAUCAUCCCCUGACCUUUGGCCAUGGUGGCUGGGGUGGGGCUGUAGUCCGAAACAUCCAGAGGGUUGAGGAAGACUGCACUGAGCUAGACUGUUGGUCUGUCUCAGGGCUGCAAAACCUGCGGUCCUUCAGAAGUUGCUGGACUACAACUACAAACCCCAUCAUCCACUGACUUGGGCCAUGCUGGGUGGGGUUGUCCAGCAAUGUCUGGAGGGACCACACAUCCACCCCCCCCCCCGCCUCAACUGAGCAAGCGGCUAAUUGCCAUCAAUCCUGAGCCUACGUCCAGUUUCACUGAAUGUCUAGUAUCUGGGUCAAAGUAAGUGGGAAAGAGGGGGAAAUGCCCCUUCCCUAAUUGGGGGUGGGGUGGCGGGUCAGUGGAGCUUUGCUUUAUUGGCUUUUAUUACUCCAUCCUUCUCCAACCCGGUGCCCUCCAGAUGUUGCUGCACUACAACUCCCGUCACCCCAGUUCCAGUCCAACCCCAUCUUGUGGCACCCUAGUUAAGGAAGGUCGAGUUGUCCUCUUUAGCAUCCUGCACGUCUCAUGGUGAUGCAUUUUGAAAGAAUUCAACCACACGAAAAGUUUAAACAGUAAGUUCUUUCGCUGUGCUCUUUAUCUGUCACAAAUUUCCGAUGUCGACGCUUCCGGACCACUCUCGGGGCGGCAAACCUGUAUCUACUUGAGGGAAGGCGCCCCCAUUGAAACCAACGAAGUCUGCCUGAGCUCGGGCUGAAACGCGCGUCUGCUUGGCGAGCUGACGAAUUUGCAAAGUUUGAGGGGCCCGUUCCAUACUUACCGGGAAGUAACCCCCCUUUAAAAAUAAAAUAAAAACCAGCGGUAUUUUAUCCCCGCGCAUGGAAACCCAGUCUCGCAGCCCCCGAUCCUGCAUGCGCGCGCACAAUUACUCAAGCAGGCGCCCAGGAUCGCCCCUUUCAGCUCUUUGGGGUUCCCGGGGAGAUGGCAGACGCUCCUGGCGCGCAUCUCCGAGGGACUCUGGGCUAGUCCGUUUCCCGGCGCGGCGUCUUCCUCGGGAGCCGCGCGAAGUGAAAGUGACCAGCCCUUCGAGGGGGCGGUGCCAGCGGUGGGUGUGAAAGUGACCCGAGCCUGCUGAAUGGUGCCGGGAGGGAGAGAGGCGGGGGAGGGCGCAGCUGACUCUCCUCGCGGAGUGGGGGGGGGGACUCCUCCGUUUGGUGAGGAAGGAGACGUGGGGGGGGGGAGAAGAAUUGGGGACCUUCUGGGCGAGGACAGGCGGGCGCAGGCUCCACUUGGGCUGAGUCUGAGAGCGAGAAGAAGGAGCCGCGGGAGCCGCGGGAGGGGGGACCUUUCCCGGGGUGGCGGCGGCUCCCCGAAGGAGCGAUGUCCCCUCCGGGCCGCGCUCCUGCUCCUCCUGCUGCUGCUGUCGCUGCCGCGGGUGGCGGCGCCGUGGUCCCGCGUCCCCCGGGGCCGGCCCCCCAUGGGAUGUAGCCGCGGCGGGCUUCUCCGGGCGCACGUCGGGGGGCUGCUGGGUGCGCGCGCCCCUCCCCGCGCCCCGCUGCUGCUCACCAUGCUGCUGCUCUUCAGCUACUUCUUCUACUGCCUCACCAGCUCCUGCGAGUCCCUCCGUCCGGGGGGAGCGGGCCUGAUCCGACAAGCGCAGCCGCACGACGAAGGGAACCCCCCGCACAAGCUCCUCUUGUUGCUCCCGGGACUGGCCGGGGACGCAGCCGCCGCCGCCGCCGGGGAGGACGAGGAGUCGGCGGCCGGAGGAUCGAGGCUGGAAGAGGAGGACAACGACGGGGGGGACGGCCGGAUCGGGAGCCCCUCGGCCGGAGGAGCCUUGCCCGUGGCCAACGGCUUUGGGAGUAAAAAGUUUCCGCAGGCCAUCAUCGUGGGCGUCAAGAAAGGCGGCACCCGUGCGCUGCUGGAGUUCCUGCGCAUCCACCCGGACGUCCGAGCCGUCGGGGCCGAGCCGCAUUUCUUCGACAGGUGCUACGAGAAAGGGCUGCUUUGGUACAGGUAAGGCAGGUGCCUCCGUCUGCACCUAAUCCUUUCCCACGGUUUUAGGGGGCGUCCGACACGUGCGUCCACAAGCACACAUGAGGGUGCCAACUUGAAUAAAAUAUUGGGGGCCCCAGAUAUGUCCCGCCCCAUGUUUUAUUUGGGGUGAGCGGCGAAGAGACCUCGGUCCCUAGGAGUUGGCUCCUAUCGACACACCCACACCCACACCCCAAGGGUGUCUCUCGGAGUCCCAGCACAGGCAGGCAGGCACAUGUCCCUAAGCAGAGUCCGUUGCAUUUCGUUUUUCUUUCUAUAUUUGAAGUCCUCUCUUUGCUACGACCAGAUCUGGGGUGAGAUGAAACAGACAUUUUAAAGCAGCCCAUUGUCUGGGGGGGGGGGGGUGGAAUAGAUUGGCCUGAGUAACAGGAUGGUCAGUCUCGCACCCUCUCAACCUCCCUCCUGAAAUCAGAGAGCAUGGAACCACAGAGUCAGGCCAUCUAGCUCAGAACUGUCUGCACUGACUGGCAGCAGUUGACCAUCGAGGGGCUCCAGGGAGGGAAUGAACCGGAAGCUGUCUGUUGCGGGUCAAUCUUGAGUUCUAUCACUGAGCUACAGCCCCCCCCCCCCAAGGUCAGAAAUGAAUCUGAGCUUGCUAGGCAGGCAUCAGCAUUGGCACACAGGAAGCUGCCAUUCACUGAGUCAGAAAGUUGGUCCAUCUAGCUCAAUAUUGCCCACACUAGCAGGCAGCAGUUCUCCAAUGUUUCAGACUGAAUUUUUUCCCCUAGCUCUACAUGGAGGGUUUAAACCCGGGACCUUCGGCAAGCAAAGCAGAUGCUCUCCCACUGAGCUACAGGUCUUCCCUUUAUCCAUAUAAAAAGCUCUAUUAUUUCAAAACAGUGCAUCAGUGUAUUAAUUAACCCGAAAUAAUAGUCAAUCCUAUUUCUGAGCUGGAAAUGGCUACUUGGGGUUGAUAUUUCCUCUUUGCCAAUAAGAAUCAUGGCUUGAACGGACGGGGAACACAAACUAUUGAUCUAACUUUAACCUUUAAAAAAAAACUUGCUUAAAUCUCUGAGCAUUUGGGAUGUGAGGAGAGGCAGAAACUAAAAAUAAAUAAAUACGGGAUGUCCUUUUUUUGAUCAUUUGCUCCCUACCGUCACACAGAGCUUCCCCUGUUCAGCACACAAACUUAUAAGUGGAAAGCAACCUCAAACAGACCCGAAGCGUUGUAUAACGAUGGAGGUAAAUUUUGGAUCAACGUAUUGGAGCUGGCGAACUGCUGGUACAAUAUGUAUGUUAAUCCAAAUUAAAACACAGCUGUUGUCCCCUCCCUCUAGGAAUUCCGAUAAAUCCUUUCCAUAUUAGGGCUGUCUUUCCCGGAUGGUGUACUCAUCAAAAUAUUUCCCAAAUGUUUGGGUCGCCAUUGUCUCCAGAGUUUCCUUAAAAGCGUCUUCUUGUUCCGCGUAGUCAGUGCACACAGGCCACAAAUUUAACAGUCAACUGCACACUCCAAAUUACGUGAGCAAGCCUCUUGUUUUUUACACCGGAUGAACUCUCCGGUCUUUCUCCCUUCAUGUUACCAUCUCCCCACCUUUGUGCCUCUUUUAUGAAACUUUCCAUUAUGGGAUAAGGUAUGAAAGACACUCUUAACUUUCCAAGUGGAAGCUGUCUUCGUUUGAAGUCAAUGGCGGAGACUCUGCCUUUAUGGACUUCAAAGGGGUCUAGAUUUCACAAAGACCAAGGUAACAAAAGCUGACCGACUAUUGAAAAUGCUUUUUUUAAAAAAUCCCCAAAGCGAUUUAUCAGGGUUCAGGUGCUUCCCUUUCAUGCAGGACUCCUGUGGGCUGGAAGGCAAAUCACAAACUUUAAAACAAAUGAGCUGGGGGUUUUUCAGUGUCCUUAGACCAGGGUGCCUGCCCAGCUCCCAAAUGUUCAAAUGUCUCUUUUGAAUACGAUGCAGAAAGUUUCUGUACUAGCUGACAUUUCCCCCCUGAAACCGCAGUGAGACUGACAUCACAAGCCCAUCAAGGUUCCCCAGCUGACACUCUUUCUUCACCCCUCCUUCCUUUCUUCUCCUUCCUUUCUUCUUGUCUUUCCUCUUUCCCCCACUUUAAAUUUUUGCAUCUUUGGGGACUUUUGAGCAAAGCCUCCAGUGGCAGUAACAGCAUAGGAAACCACAGUUUAAGCUGAGUUUGGUGUCCUUCCUAUCUCGAGAAAGACCAUCACAAUUAAGCAAAUCUUCAAGAUCUUUGGAGACCGGAGACUAACAAAGCAUCCUUUUUGAGAGACACAAGGAUAGGACCUCCAUGCUAGAAUGAGCCUGAUUAAAGUGUAUCUAAUUUUUCCCAUCCUUCCUUUGCACCCUCACUUUGUAUAUGUCUCUGGGGAUAAUAGGGUUUCCCGCCCGCAUUGCUUCCUCUUCACAUCCACUAAGAUAGGCACAGAAACAGCCCAUCUCCCAAGCAGAAAGUGAGUUCAUGUGUGCAAAGGGGGCAUCAGCUGCUUUCUGCAUCCUCUGUGGUUAAUGGCACUCUGACAUGAGUCUUGCCAAUGUACAAUGACCAUGAUCCACUUUAAAAUCUUCCAGCACAAGUCCCAUUGAUAAGGAUUUCAAAAAAAAUGGCAUGCAAGAACGCAUUAGUGGAAUCACACAGUUCCUGCAUCAAGUGGGGCAUUUGCAAGAGAAUGCCAAGAGAAGUGACUUGUUUCUGUUAUUUGGUAUCCAUUUGGUUCUCUGUUUUUUCCAGCUGAGCUCCUUUCCUCUUGGGGUCGUGAUGGGAUCCCGGAGUUCAUCUGGCUUUCUGGCAGGCUUGUGUUUUCAGAAAUACAGAUUAAAAAUAAAAAAAUUAAUUGCUGGGAGUUCUGUGCGUAUGUGUUUAGCUUAGCUUUAUUUAUUUGUGUAUAUGUCCUGACCUAUGUAUUCCAUGGAUGCUUGGAAGGGCAAUGUUACACAACAAAGCAGGUCUCUGCCCCAAAGAGUCUACAAUCUAAAGGCCAGCAGUUGGGGGAGUGGGGAACAGUAUGAAGGGGCAGAUUUGGAAAGGGAAGCAAAUAUGAGCCUAUAAAGUUAUGCUUCAUUUUGGUUGGUGUGAGGGCUAUGGAACUGCUACUCCUGCCAGGCUGCUGGGAAGAAGCAAUAAUGAUGUAGAAGCAGUUAUCCUUGGGUGCUGCCACCUCUGCUUUAGCUUUGGAGUAGAUGGCGAACACCCUAAUCUUUUGGGAGCAUCCGCUGCACAACCCCCCAAAAUAGGACAAUUGCAUGCCCUUUCCUUUCAACAGAACACUGGGAGGCAACAAUCUCAUUUGACUUUGCAGAAGGCCCUUUGCAAAAAAAAACAACCCUGGGUAAUUCUGGGUUGAAAUGCAGGUUUAACUGUUUGCAGCUUUUUAAUGUGUGUGUGUGCGUUGGUAAUUGUAAAUGUUAGUUUUUUUGAAAAGUGUUACUUAUUAUUUUUAUUUAUUAAAUUUCUAUACCGCCCUACACCUUUAGAUCCCAGGGCGGUUCACAACAUAAAACGCACAAGUCCAUUUUGCCGGAGGUGCGAGAUUUGCCUAAGUUACUGUGGACUAAAGACGUAGUCCUCAUAUUGUGUAUUUGAAAGCAAGUUCCCUGGGACUCAACAGGUUGUGCCUCCUAGCAAACACGCAACAGAUCUUGCUGCAAGACAUCUGGAGGGCGUGUAAUGGAAAAUUAACAAGAUCUAAACUCUUCUCCUAAAAAAAUUCUGACAACUAACCUUUGUAAAAAAACAAAACAAAAAACCCCUUCCCCACACGCAGUUCCCCCUGGUUUUGGUAAGCGUAACUAUUAUGUCAUACUUGUGCAUCUUAUCAAGUGACAUGAAUGUGCAUAAGUUUUUCAAAUUUAUAGAAUUAAUAUAAUUAGUGUCUGCAUAUGUUUGAACGGGUGCUCCAGUACACAUGGGGGGUGUAUUACUGGUUUUCAUUUCUUAUGUAUGAACCCUCAGUCUUUUAAAAUAUUUUUAAAAAGAAGGAUUGCAAAACUUGAUAUUUUCUAGCACCUGAAAACGUUAGUACAAGCCAAGAGAUGGGCAUUUUUCAAAAUCUGAGUUGGGUCCCUUAUGCAAUUAAAUUGCGAUGAGGUGGAAUUGAUCCGGGAGAUAUAACGCUCUAAUAGCACAAAUGAACUCUCUUUAGGCAGCCCAGCUCUGAGAAUGUCUGGCUACUGUUCAUAUGCUUAAUAUUAAACCUUCAUCUCUUGGCCAGCUGGGUAAAUGUCUGGAGCAGAUUUAUCUCUUCUUAGAAGUCAAUUAUUGUAUCCGGUACAUUAUCUUAGAGGGGGCAGGGAAUGGGGCAAAAAGCAAAGACUUUAAAAUGGCUACCUUUUAAGUGUCUGAACCCAUUUUCUUCCCACCCAGUCUCCUCUGGAGCAAAUCAGAGUAAUGGGUCUGAUCCAUGUAAAGGCAAUUGGUGACUAAAUCCCGUGGGAAACAAGAGGUCUCAUUUAAAUUAGCUGUUAACUCAAUCCCAUUAUUCCCAAUCAAAUAUGCAGCAGCUAGACCCCCAAAUUUACUCCAAGUAAGCCCCACUCAUUUCAGUUGCCAGCUUAGCAUGCACGGCAUGUAAGCCUUUAGCUGGCUGGUUCAUGGCCAAUAUUUUUUUAAUUGUACAUAUUCCUAAAACGAGGGUUUUAGUGUGAUGACAGCUUACCCUAUGUCUUACAAAUGGGUGGUGGUCUAAUAUCUUCUGCAGGAAUUGUUAUUUUGAACAUCUGUGGCUUUGUUGAGAAACUCUAACUUGGAAGUCAAUUGAACCAUUGAGUUAAAGACACUUUCUGCACUACUCAGAUUUUGCUUCUAAAAGUAUUGCUGCAGUUUUCAAGGAAGUAUAACUUGCAUGCUUCUCUCUCUGUGUGUGUGUGUGUUCUAAUGGAUGGAACAAAAAAAUAUUAUGGUAAUCUCUAAUCUCACUCCUUAGAUUUGUGCCUACUUGUAAUGCUACAGGGACAAGUCUGAUUAAAACAAAAACACAAAUGGCGAGGUAAAUGUAAUGGGCUUGGCUCAUAAUGAUAAUAGCAUUUAAUUAAAACCGCAGCAUCAUUUUAGUGCCUAUGGGGCUAUCCUAAGGUAAAUGUUAAGAAUGAGUAUAAACCAUUUGCUUGGCUUCUGGGUUGGCCUUAUAUUUUCAUGGGCUAUUGUCCAUUGGGCCUAGCUGCACCUAGAUCAAUUAGACAUGUAAGGUGGAGGUGGUGGUUGUGAUGCAGCCAGCUGUGAACAGUUGCAUUAUUUUUGAUGCACAAUGCGGAGGGUUGAAAGGUAACAAACAUUACCUACUUUUAAGGCUCCAGUCCUGUGUGUUCCGGGUAUAUGCCCUUUGUGAAACCAGUGGUCUUAGGACUGAGUAAGCAUGCAUAGAACUGUGCUGAAAAUCUGGCUGGUUUCAUCAGGGAAAAGUUUAAGCAAAGACACGCUCAAAUCUCUCGUUGAAAUUGCUGAAAACUUCGGUUGGAUUGAAAUGUGUAGAAAGCAACCCCUUUAAAAAAUAAUAAUAAUAAGCAAAAAUAGCCUUCCACAUGAUUAUGCUUUCUGAACUCCUGUUGUUUCACCCUUCUUCUUCCCCUCCUUUUUGGCAGAGAGAAAACAACAUGUUUCUUAAUUGGGGUGUAUUUGAGAUCACAUAUGAUUGCAGGUGCUAUUUAAAUUUGGGGUGUGCGUGUGUAUGUAUUGGGUAAAAGAACAAACGUUGAGCUCCUCUUUUUUGCUCCUGGGAAUCUUUCGCAGCAGUGUCAACAUUUCUGAAAUAGUUGACUAAGCCAAGAAACCCCAAACCAGUGCCAAUAGCUUUUAAUUGCCAACAUCUUGGGGCCCCGAGGCACCUGUGGAAUUGUUCAUCAUCUUAAGUACAUUUUUGUUUCUUCAAAAAAAGCGGGGAAAUAUGUCGAGCAACAAACUCCCUCUUUGCAAUAUAACCCUCUUUGUAUUUUCUCAUGCAGUGUUAAUCCCAGUUGGAGUUUGGUGGCUCCGACUCUUAGAUUUCGUAUAUCUUUGGCUUAUGAUUGGCACCUGGCAUCCUUUCAAGCAGAAGUUAUUUCAGUCGGUGAAUAUAUAAAACCAACAAAAGCAAAAUAGGAGCAUCUCUUUUUUUUCUUCUGCGGACAUGUUUUUGAUUCCCGUUUCCCUGCCCUACCUCUACGGGAACUUGUGCUCUUUGUUAAAUAACAAAAGAAACGGGUGGUUUAGAAAGCCAGAAGUAAAUCUUCAGGUUGCGAAACCCUUUAACUCUUUAAUGUAGAGGCAGGGGAAGAAAGAAGCUGGCUUUCAGGCGAAGGGCCAUAGAGCAUCUGCUUUGCAUUCGGAAGGUCUCAGUCUCUCAAGAUAGGGCUGGAAAGGGCCCUUGUCUGAAACCCCAGAAAACAGCUGCCAGUCAGUGUAGGUCAUACUGAGCUUGGUGGACCAGUGGUUUGACUCUAUAUAAAGCAGCAUCAAGGAAGGACAGCAACUUGAUGGAGAGCACAUGGUUUGAUUCAUCCCUGGUAUCUGCAGGUAUGGCAGGAAAUGUUGCCUGCCUGAAAUCCUGCAGAGCUGGGGCCAGUCCAUUCAUAGGCAAUAUUGAGCCAGAUAGACUAUAAGGCAGCCUCUCAUGUUCUUUUGCUUUCAAUGCGGUAACAGGAAUAACAUAACUUAAGAUUUUUUUACAAGAGAGUUAUUAUUAUUAUCUCAUUUCAAACUGCAAUUAAAGCAAUUAACGCAGCCCCAGUCAGAACCCCCACAGCACAUCGCAGGGGAGAAAGGAAACUCAAUUCUUUAGAAUUGUUUUCCAGGGUGAAGAUGUGUGUCUCUCCAGCAGAUUUGAAAAGAUGGUGCCAGGAGCAUCUCUGUGUGAAGGGAGUUUCUUGGGGCCAUCACCAAGAAGGCACUCUCAAGAACCCAAAACAUCUGGAGGCUGGGUAAAGGCUGGUGUAGGUGAUCAAUAAUUGUGUUUUAAAAAUGGGUAGGGGUAUAGUUGUUUGCCACUUGUACCCAGUUGAACAGGAUGAAGCAUAUCUAUCUAUCAUCUAUCUAUCUAUCUAUCUAUCUAUCAUCUAUCUAUCUAAACUCACCUUCAACAUAGGAUUAAACUUGACCUUUGUGAAGUCUGAUUUUUCUUUUAAAAACAUGUUUCUGCAGGCAAAGCGCUGAGCUUUAGCCAUUGGUUCAUCUAGCUCUGUAUAAAGAACCUCAGACGAUCCUGUUGGAUCAGACCAUUGGCCCAUCUAGUCCAGCAUCCUCUAUUCAUAGCUGCCAACCAAUAAAGUGGCAUCACUUUGCCACCCUUGAUAAGUGAAAGAGCUUUCUCUAGUCCCGAGCUGCCAUUUGUUAAGUGAAGCAGCAGUGCAUUGUGGGACCAUGAUAAGAGUCUUCAGCUGCCAUGCCCUGAACUAAUCAAUGAUUGCUUUGUCUCCUUUGGCAAGGGCAAGGGACUCCCACCCAGGGGUGUGAACACUUGGAUUUGGGCCAAUGCAUAGAUUUCUAUAGAUACCAAGUCUUGGUAUGCGCCGUUGAAAUGUCAUCAGCAUUUAAGUUUUGCUCUUUGUACGCCAUUGUCUGACGGUUGCCAGGAUGUUUCUUUAGCAAACAUAUUAGGGCAACAUUGCAAGGAAAGAGAACCAACUAUCUUUAAACACACAAAAUAUCUGCAGAGGCUAGCCUUGGAGGCAAUUGAUGGAGGCUUGCCUCUUCCACGAUGAGCAUGAAAACUUUUCCAAGGGUUACCUUUUCUCACUCUCUUUCGCUGAUAAACACAACAUUGGCAUUCCAUAAUUGUUUUUCUUUUGUUUGAGUUUGGUGGCCACUAUCCUGGACAUGUCCGUUUUAUUUUAGAAUCAACAAGUCCCAUUUAAAUCUGCUUAAGACCCUGCUGUUUGAAUGAAUAUCUAUUCAUCUUGCACGGUGACACCACCUGGAGGGAAGGCCUUUAAAAAUGGCCUCAGCGCCUGAACCACUCAUAUGCUGAAGUCAUCUUCAAAUGUACUUUUGCAGAUCUCCCCAUCACCUGCGAUGAGGCAGGUGGCAUUUGGGAAAGGGCCUUCUGUGCUGUAGUACACAAUUUAAGAGUUUCUCUCCCUAGAUAGACUUGCCUGGUGCUGACAUGGUAGUGCUGGAUUAUUAUUUAAAAUCUGGUUUAUUUGGGGUGGUUCAUUGGCCCUGGCUCCACCUACUGCUGGUCUCCUUGCCUUCAUCCCUACCAUUCAUCAUCAAACCUUUAUUGGCAUCACUUACAAACAUUCAGAAUAAAUAGGCCAAUGCGAUCUCGUUGCCAUUUCAACAGUACAAUAAUUUGCCAAAGGGAAGAAGAGGCGAGCAAUCUAUUUCACCUCUGUGGAACUCCAGCAAGGGCGGGGUCCUGUAGUUUCUUUGGCGGCAGAAAAUCAAAUACAGGAACUUGGCUACUGUCUUGGUGAGCUCCUGGUCUCUCCCCUGUAAUAAGAAGCGUAUAACCUCUGUCACUGGUUUCCAUGUUGGGAUACAUAGGUGGUCUAAGAAUUGUUGGCGGAGAUCAUAUAUUUUACUAUUAAGGGCCAUGUGAGCUAGAGUUUCCACCAGGUGGGCAUCACAUGGGCAGAACCUAUCUCCUUCUGCCAUACCCACAAACCUACCCCAAAGGAGGUUAGAAGGAUUACAAUUGAACCUAACCAGUGAAAAAGAGGAGGAGGAGUUUGGAUUUGAUAUCCUGCUUUAUCACUACCCUAAGGAGUCUCAAAGCGGCUAACAUUCUCCUUUCCCUUCCUCCCCCACAACAAACACUCUGUGAGGUGAGUGAGGCUGAGAGACUUUAGAGAAGUGUGACCAGCCCAAGGUCACCCAGCAGCUGCAUGUGGAGGAGCAGGGAAUCGAACCCGGUUCACCAGAUUACAAGUCCACCGCUCUUAACCACUACACCACACUGGCUCUCUUAGCCUUCUACCUACCAUUCUUUCUACCUACCAUUGACCCUAGGAUAUGAAAAAUAUUAAAUGCAGGGCAUGCCUGAUUUCAGAGAUAUAGAGGUUUGGUUGUGUUUGACACUUCUAUGUGAAGAAGAGCCAUGUGUGGUCUAAAAGUCUGCAUAAUCCUUUCCCAGCAGAACAUAGCCCAUUGCAAACUAUCUUCUCACCUGUGUGUGUAUUUAUUUUGUUUCGCAGAAUAACUGUUUAAAUAUAUGAUGCAUACUGAUGUGACCCUUAAGUUGAUUCUCUGCUGGUGAAGAAACGAACACGUUCUCUCUCGAAACUCUUUCUCCAGCUUUCCUGGUAUAUGAAGUAUCAUAGUUUGCUUCUGUCCUUGGAGCCUUGGAGAACUUGUUUGUUUGUUUUGCAAUUCCAAAGGAGGAGCGUGUUUUGCUUGUCUUUCCCUGCAUGUCAGAGUUUGAACAUCAUUACUCUGCAGAAUGUUUCCUCUGCUAUCAUAAGGCAUAAACAAACAGCAGACAGGCCUUAACCUGUGCCAUUUACCAGAAGCAGUUUCUCUCUCUAAAGCAAAUCCAGAAUUUGGAUUUCUGUCUCAGGUGAAGCGUAUGUAGGAUUUCUGGGUAGGUCUGAAGAAUUUUGUAAGAUUUAGCAAAAAAAAAUAUUUUUUUAAAAUUAAGUGGUUAUUUGCGUACCAACUUCAUAAUGAAGUCAGGAGUGAGCAGUGAUGUAGCCAAAUGUGUGACUGCAGGUGGUGCCCAUUUACUUAGGAUACUGAAACCCAAAAUGGACCAGCAAAAUCUCUCCGAACUGAGCACACCGGCAGGAAAGUAGCAGAUGAGAAUUAAUGUAACUGCAAAGUGUCACACACUCAGAAAAAUGAACCCUAACUUUUAGGGAUGGCGGAGAAAUUAAAUUCAGUUUGCAUUUUAUGUUUAACCUACCUGAUUCACACUUUUCAAAGCAAUACUUAAACCGACACACAGCCAUCCUUUGAAAUUUGCACUUCUCUGAAUUUUGCAAUUCACUGGCAAAGUCAUGUGUACAAAAAUGCAUAUACUAGUGUAAAGUGUGCAUGAAAACCUCCAUAUAAUAGGGGGAAAUGAUGCACAAAAGUGCACUAUAUUCAGGAAAAUUGGUUUGCAAACAUGUGUAUAUUAGACAAAAAUGCACUGAAAAAUGGGUAUAUUGGGAGAAAUUUGUGCUAAAAUGUCGAUGAAUUUGCAAACUGAUGUGGAAAUGUGGAGAAUGUAACACUGGGAAAGUGAGAAAAUUAAACUAACAGAUUCACCCAUCCCUAUUCUGCAUAUUCACCAACAGUAUCGGGUGUGCCUGGGGAAAAGAUAUCGGGGAUUGUAGUAGCUGGCUCUCCCAAAAAGUCAGUUCUUUGUGCAGUGGGAGGGAUGAGGGGGAAAGCAACAAAACCAUUAAGGCAGGGGGUUAUAAAUAAAACCUGGUGGUGUUGGGGGGGGUUGAACACAAAAAACCCACCCUGAUGGGAGUUGUAGUCUAAAACAUCUGGAGGGCAUCUGGUUGGCCAAGGCUGAUCUAUUGUGUAGCUGAGUUUGGAAUCCCAUGUGCGUUACUAGUGGCUCUGACUCAAAAAGGAUAUUUCAGAGCUAAGGGGGAAAGUGCAGAAAAGGGCAACCAAAAUGAUUAAUGGGCUGGAACACCUUCUGAUGAGGGAAGGCUCAGCUAGCCUUGCCAAAGUUGGUGCGCCACCAGAUGCUGCUGAACUACAUCUCCCACAAUCCCUGGCCGCUGGCCAUGCCGGCUGGGGCUGAUGGGAGCUGUAGUCCAGCAGCAUCUGGAAGACACCAGGGUUUUAGUUUUGGGGCAGGGAUGGGAACGUGAUAGGGUGUUUUUUUAAAAUAAAUGUAUGCUAUGAGUGGAUCAUGUGCAUAGAGAAAGCUCUUUCUUCAUCAUGCCCAGUUCAGUUCUCCCUGCUAAAGAACAUAAGAACCUGCUUGACACCAACUCAGAUCAUUGGUUCAUCUAGCUCAGUAUUGUCUGCACUGGCUGGCAGUUGCUUUCCAAGAUUUCAGGCAGGAGUCUCUCCCAGCCCUACCUGGAGAUGGCAGGGAUUGAACCUGGGACCUUCUGCAUGCAAGGGUGAUGCUGUGCCACUGAGCUACGGCAUUUCCCCAAAGGAAGCACACAUAGGGAAACUUGUGGAACGCACAGCCACAGGGUGGCAUUGAUUCCCACUUGUGUUAGAAUGUGAAUUUGUAUCUCAAUGGCUCUGGGUCAGGAUAGUGUGUUAGAACCUCCAUGUACCUUGCACACCAGCAAGAACUGGUAUUCAGUGUACCUCUGAAUACCAGUUCCUGCUGGUGUGCAAUGCAGAAGAGUUGCUUGGUGUUUUUAUGCCCUGCCUGUUUAUCACUUCCUUGGAAGCAUCUCAGUGGCUACUGUUGGAAGCAGGAUAUGAUCCAGCAGGGCUCUUUCCAGAGGCUCCCUGAGAUGACUGCCUGAGGCCGAUCAGCAAAUCCCCGCCCGCCCCCCGCCGUCAAUCAAGGUGCACAGUUGCCCUGAACUUGAGCAGAAUUGACUAUAAAGUGUUUUAUUGGUUGCAUUUAUAUCUCACCUUCCCCUCCGCAACCAAGGUCAAGAUGGUGUCUGUGGUUCUCCCCCUCUGCCAUUAAUCCCUACCACAACCCUGUGAGGUAGGCUAGGCUGAGAGGUAGUGACUGGCCCAAGGUGACCCAGCGCGCUUCAUAACUGAGUGGGGAUUACUGCCAUAGAGUAAUCACAGAGUCAUGGGGGGGGGGAGCCAGGAUUUUUGUUGGGGGGAAAACCAGGCCUUUUGUUAUGGGGGCAGAACCAACGUGAUUGGUCAGUUAGUUAAGUAUUUCUAUUGUCUUACUUGAUAUAGGGGGGCAGCUGCGACCAUGCUAGUACCCACUGAUAGUUUUUUCUUCCAUGAAUUUGUCUAGUCCAGUGGUCAGCAAACUUUUUCAGCAGGGGGCCGAUCCACUGUCCCUCAGACCUUGUGGGGGGGUGGGCUAUAUUUUGGAGGGAAAAAAUGAACGAAUUCCUAUGCCCCACAAAUAACACAGAGAUGCAUUUUAAAUAAAAGGGCACAUUCUACUCAUGUAAAAACACGCUGAUUCCCAGACCAUCCGCGGGCCAGAUUUAGAAGGCAAUUGGGCCAGAUCCAGCCCCCGGGCCUUAGUCUGCCUACCCAUGAUCUAGUCCUCUUUUAAAGCCAUCCAAGUGGGUGGCCUUUGCUUCCUCCUGUGGGAGCGAGUUCCAGAGUUGAAUUAGACAUUGCAUGAAGAAGUGCUGUCUCUUAUGGAAGUCCAUAAGUUGUAGUGUUAUGGGAAAGGGAGAGGGGAGAGACGACUUCUGUCUAUCCACUUCUCCAGGUUUCUGAAAAGCUGGGUCCAUUUUCUCAGUGGGCUGAUUGAUUUUCCUACGGGUGUGAAAGGAUCUGGUCCUCUUGGCUGCAAGGACAGCACAAUUGUCCAAAUCCUGAAAGGUAGAAGAGGCACCUAUUCAUGUUCUGCUGCUUGGCUGAUUCCUCUUCCCCCAUCAUCGCUUUCCCUCAAAACCUGGCGGCUUUAUAAGUUAAGAGAUGUCAGGAGAGCAAGAGUCGCCGCUAAUGGUGUUAGCUGCAGGCAAAUGGGAAACUCUUCCUGAAACAUUUGUUCCAAGUGUGUGUGUGUGUGUGUGUGCAUGCACACGCGUUUAAAUCAUUAUUUUAAAAUAAUAAUUAUGCCACAUUUGCUCGGAGAAGGAAGUGGGCGACUUGGCGGAAGUUGGGCUGGGCCAGGGAGGCAGAAAAAGUUAAUUGGAGAGGCGGCUUAAAAGCUUAUAACUGACCUUUUGUCAAAUGGGGAGGUGGGGGAGAGGGGGAGAGAACUUUUUUUUCCAGUGUAUUAAGCCUGGGUGGGGAUUGAGAAGUUGGCUAAUGAAAGGCUUGGUUUAAUACCAGGAUUUAAGCUCCUAAAUGGCUUUUGAAAGCACUCUGGGAGUCUGUUUCUGCGUGGAGAGCCCAUCAGCAGUAGGUUGCGGUUGUCUGUUUCUUCCCCACCCACCUCCAUUUCUGCCCCCCCCCAAACUGGAGGCCUCUCUCCAAAUUUGAAACCAAUUCGUUAAAGCCAUCUUUGAAAGCGAGGUCACACUGGAGAGCCAUCUCGUGUUCUCUUUCUAUCUCCUCCUUCGCAAAGAAUUUUAGAGACCCAAUGGAAAGCGUAGCCAUUUGCUUUUUGAGCUAAAUGGGAGAGUUUGAGCUAAAAGAGAACAGAAUGGCCUCGCCGGAUGAGAGAAUGUGCCCACCUGCCUAGAGUUAGGAAGGCCAUGUCUGCAUUGCUCCAAAAGCGGACACAGGUUUGCAUGAAAUCUGCAGCUCGGAAACCAGCUGUUUAUACUUGACUGCUUCUUUAUUGCCACCUAAUCUUCUUUUGCUCUCCUUUGGAUACAAAAUGUUUGUAUAUAAUGGAUGUUUAUGUAAUUGGGAUUUUUAAUGGGAAGUACUCCCCAAUAACUUGGAGGUGGAGCGGACAUUCAAAAAUUUCCUUGAAAAUGGACGCGGGUGGCGCUAGGGACGUGGGUGGCGCUGUGGGUUAAACCACAGAGCCUAGGACUUGCUGAUCAGAAGGUCAGCGGUUCGAAUCCCCGUGCGGACGGGGUGAGCUCCCGUUGCUCGGUCCCUGCUCCUGCCAACCUAGCCGUUCGAAAGCACGUCAAAGUGUGAGUAGAUAAAUACGUACUGCUCUGGCGAGAAGGUAAAUGGCGUUUCCGUGUGCUGCUCUGGUUCGCCAGAAGCAGCUUAGUCAUGCUGGCCACAUAACCUGGAAGCUGUACGCCGGCUCCUUCGGCCUAUAGAGCAAGAUGAGCGCCGCAACCCCAGAGUCGGCCACGACUGGACAUAAUGGUCAGGGGUCCUUUACCUUUUUAUGCCCCAAUAACUUGGAGGUGGGGCGGACAUUCUAAAAUUUCCUUGAAAAGGCUUAUAUUGAACCCACUUCCAUUCUAAUUUUAGAGUUCAACUCCAGGACAAACUGAACCCUGCAUUUCUGCCAAAACUCUUGAACCCCCACGGUUUCAACAGCGAGGGACGAAGGGGUUGGCUUGUGUCAAAAAGUUGUGGCUUUUAUCGGAAAAGCUUUAGGGACAGCCCUUAAACUUUCCCUGGCAUCCCCCCUCCCCCCAAAAGAGCUGCAACUGUUCUACCAGAGCAAAUUGAUUACAAGCAAGAGGAGAAUUACGUUAAUAUACUUGCUUGUCACUUGGGCCGUAUUAGUAAUCUCUUCUCAUUAAUCUGUGGAGAAUACGGAGGUGACCUUGUUAAGCAUCCUUGCAGAUGGGGGAAGUCUGACCCGGCUGCUAUUGAUUUACUACCGUGAGACCCAUAAAUGCCCUCUUGGCGCACCCUGCAUUCCAGCCGCAGCAGGAGCAUCUACAGCUAUUUUGGGGGGAGAGUCAGGUCCUGACAUGCCUCACUUUGUGCUUGAUGUGUGCAAUUCAGACAUCCCUUUUUGCACUUGCAGGCUUUUUCUGCAACAUUCAAACAGAGAAAAGAAAGUCCUUACUCAUGCAGAGCAAAGAUCAACUGUGGAACUCUCUUCCACAGGAGGCAGUGAUGGUCAUCAACUUAGUGGUUUUUUAAAAAACUAUCAAAAUAAGUUUAUUGUACUAGCCAAAGGCCACAACAAUUCCAUGCAAUCACAAUCAAUUUAAAAUAUGACAUCUGCAAAUAAACACAGUGAACAUAUAAUGCAAAGUAUCCAAUAACAAGGAUGCCUCCAUGUCUACACUGAGUUUUAAUUUAGUGCUCUGCCCCUUACAGUUUACAGCUAUUUUAUCCAGUUCCUGCUUCCUUUUCUUUUUUCUUUUCUUUUCUUUCUUGCCUCCAGUGCAAAAGGGCCCACCUUAUGUGUCACUGAAGCCUCUCACUUGUGGAGAACCUGCUAUUCUGUACAAACAGGGGUUUCAGAAAGCUCCUCCUAGGAUCUGCAUGUAGGGGGACAAGUUAACAUAUAAUGUGAAAUACCUUCCACCUGGCCUUGCCAACAAAUGCACAGCCUGCAACUUAGAUGGCUUUUAAAGAGGAGUGGAAAAUUCAUGGAGAAGGCUUUCCACAGUGUCAGCCGGCCCAUGAGGCAGACAGAAGCAGCCGCCUCGGGUGGCGGAAUCCCAUGGGGUUUGUGUUGUGCUGGGGUCAUGCAGCAGCAGCUUCCAAUGACAUAUUGGUAAGUGAGACUUGCAGGGGGCAGUGGCAGCAGUGGUACCAUCCUGUUUCUCCUUAGGCGGUGAAAUGGGGCAGGCCAUCCCUGGCUAUCUAUCCAUGGCUACUAGCUAUGAUGGCUAUGUUCUGCCUCCAUAGUCAGAGGCAGUAAUGUGUCUGAAUACCAAUUGGUGGAAACCACAGGAAGGAAGGGUACUCUUGUGUCCAGGUUCUGCUUGAGGGUAUCUUACGGGCAUCUGGUUGGCCACUUUGAGAACAGGGUGCUGGGCCAGAUGAACCACUGGCCUGAUCCAGCAGGCUUUUCUUGUGUUUUACAAUAGGCCCUGAUGAGUGAUAUACUUGCUUCUCACUGGGCCAAUGCUUGGCACUUGGGAGAGAUGGGCGGUUGAAAGCCAGCACGUACCCUCUUCCCUCUGGUUGAUCACCACCAUCUUCUGAAGCUGUCUGAUGCCAAGUCAGACCAUUGGCUCAUGUAGCUCAGUAUGGUCUACACUGCCUGGCUGCAGAUUUCCAGGGUUUCAGACAGGUAGUCUUUUUCCAGCCCUAACUGGAAGUGCUGGGGAUUGAACCUGGGAACUUCUGUAUGCUGUGCAGUUGCCCUACAUAGCCUAAAAAUAAAGUAAGAUUCUAGUCCUCAUGAUUCUGAAUAAGGGCAGAACUAAGUGACUGUAGAACACAGCAAGCUGCCUUGCACCAGCUCAGGCUACUGGUCUGUUUAAGUCACUGCUGUUUAUACUGACAAUUCAGUAUUGACUACUCUGACCUUCUGCAUGCAUAGCAGCUGCUCUAUACCACUGAGCUACAGCCCCUGCCUGGCAUAUAAAAUGAUGGCAAACCUGCCUUUGAGUGUGAGGAGCUUUCUUUGGGAGUCCAUCUCCCUUCCUUUCCCACUAUGAAGCCUUAUAGUCUAACUCUCUAUUACCUCCCUCCCCAAAAUGGAAAUGUCUUGGGGAAUGAAGGCGCCUGGGAGGGCUGGAUUUAAAGCCACGGCCAAAUGCUUUGCCGCUGAGCUCUUUUUGCAAGCUGAAUUAGCCUUUCGUGCUGAGAACACAGCGCCUCUUCCAGCAAACUGCCAACGUUUGGGCUUUGAGCUGGAAGAUGCUCCUGGGAAGUGGGGAAACAAGGAGAAAGCAGAACCCUCUUUCCCAAUCAGGUGCUUUCCAGAUGUUUUUGGACUGCGGCGCCCAUCAAGCCCAGCCAGCUGUGGUCUACAACAUAUGGUGGGCAAGACUCAAGUCUAGAGAUCCUGAUUCGUAGCCAGGCCCAGAGUUUUGAGUGAUGGAUGCAGAAAAUUGGCAUGGCUUCUUGUUCCAUUAAUUCCCAGUGGGAUUUUCCCACAAUGUGGCUUGGCUGGCUUUAAAAGAGGAUUGGAGAAACUCAUGGAGGAAGAGAAGGCUAUCAAUGGCUACUAGUUUGAUGACUAUCUUCUGCCGCCACAGCUAGAGGCAGCAAUGCUUCUGAAUACCAAUUGCUGGGAACCACAGAAGGGGAGAGAGUCCUCUUCUUCUCAGGUCCUGCUUGUGGGUUUCCCAAUGGGACAUCUGUUUGGCCCCUGUGACAACAGGAUGCUAGACUAGAUGGGCCAUUGACCUGAUCCAGCAAGCCUCUCCUUAUGUGAUGCAGGUUCCUCCCUUUUUUCCUACUGAGGAGAACUUCCUGAAGGUGUGGAAUCCAACUAGUCAAUUCUGUGUGGCUCUCAGCCACCCUUGGUGAUGCCCCACACUUGGUGAUGCUCCUCCAAGCUCCUCGCCAGCCUCAGUCCUCAGCCAAGUCGCUUCUUAGAUUGCAAGAGAGGAAGGGGAAUAAUAUCUGCCGGAUGGAUCUGUAAGCAUCCCCGUCUCAUUGCCAAAGGGGACCCUUCUGCAUUUAAUUUGCACUGUAAUUCUGAGUGACAAGUUGUCUUGGGUGACGUCCUGACAGAGUGAACAUCGAUAGCCCUGGAAAUGAAAUGAACCCCCCAAUUACCGUCUCUCAAGGAGCAGGGUGGGGCCAGCCAUCGGGGGGUAUGAUGAGGGCUCAAUAAACGGCAUUGAUCCGAGCGUUGACGAGGCGUUCUCUGGGGUGUGUCAGCGUAUGAACCCCCUCAUUACUUACACUUGUCAAUAGAUCCUGGCUCAGAUGCAGGAAUUGGCAGCCGAUUGACUCCCAUGCCAAUAGGACCACUGAGCUUCCUCUUUCUCUUUCUCUGUGCGGCUGCUUCACAAAAAAUGGCACACUCCACAGUUAUCGAUGGACAAGCAAGCCCUUUUGCCUCCGAGAGUCCUCCUACCUCUUCCUGAAGUGACAGCUACUCCCUGGUUCAGAUUUCUACUCAGCUCCAUCAUUUGGCUUCCCUUGAAAUCUCCUGGUGCUUUGUCAGAGGAAAGCACUAGAGCAUCACAGUUUGGGCAAUCGAGCUGAAGAAGCUUGACUUAGAAUCAUGGAACUGUGGUGUUGGAAGGGGCUCAAGGAUCAUCUAGUCCAACCCCAGCUUCUGAUAGGUCACUUCCAAGGAUCAAUGUUUUAAAUGUCAACUCUCACUGCCAUGCUGGAUGGGGCUGAUGGGCGUAGUGUGAUGACUUUAAAAGAGGAUGAGAUAAAUUCACGGAGAAUGAGGCUUUCAGUGACUACUAGCAAGGACGGCUCUGUUUUGUGUCCACUGAGAGAAGCAAUAUGCCUCUGAAUAAUAGUUGAUGGGAAUCACAGGUCGGCAGAGGGCACUUGUGCUGAGGUCCUGCUUGUGGGUUUUCCAUGUGGGUAUCUGCUUGGCCACUGUGAGAAUAGGAUGGUGGACUAGACAGGCCACUGGACUGAUCCAAAAGCCAGGCUCUUCUUACAGUCAAACAUUCUUACGUUCUGAAACAUGGCCAUGCUGGCUGGGGCUGAUGGGAGUUGUAGUCCAAAACACCUGGAGGGCACCAGGUUGGCAAAGGGCAGGGCUUUUUUCCAGCCGGAACUCCCUGGAGCUCAGUUCUGGCACCUCUCAAGUGGGCGCCAUUUCCAUUAUAAGGGAACAAGGGAGGCGUUUGUAUUGAGUUCCAGCACCUCUUUUUCUUGAAAAAUAAGACGCAAAGGGUAGAUGAUUUGGUCACCAAAACCUAGCACAGCUUGUGCUCUCUGCAAGUCAUUGGGGUUGAUGAGCACAUCCACCAACCAUUUCUCUCAGCGCAAAAUGGAGAGGGCUAAAUUUGGCAUGUUGACAGGUUGGUGGGCCGAUCAAAGGAGAGGCAUUUUCUGCAUGUUGGGGUUAUGCAAGCUGUUGACAUCCCAAUCCCCGGAGGGCGGCGUGUGAGUUGGUUACAGCUCAGCGAGAGGGAGGGAGGGAGGGAGUGCAGCUGGUUUGGUUCUUGUGAACACCUUGGGGAACAAUCAAGUAGGGACCUAUCCCGGCUGCGCCUCUUGUGCAAGUGUGCCAAUGCGGCGAGAUUGCCCAUUGGCCUGACCCAACAUUGGGCUUUUGAUCUUGAACCAAGCAGGGAAAGAGAAGCAUAGCAGAGGCGGAGGCUGGUGGAGCUGCUCCCCUCCAUUAAAGACCUGGGACAGAGAAAUUACGAAGCCAGUUCGCUGUUCCGUAUUAUUAUUAGAUUUAUUACCCACCCCUCAACAGAUGGUCCCAGGUUACAGCAAUAUAAAAUGCAGCAUUAAAAACACUUUACAACAUAUGUAGCCUCUUUGCUCUGCUUUUGUGACAUUGGAGAUACAGUGGUACCUCGGGUUACAUACGCUUCAGGUUACAGACUCUGCUAACCCAGAAAUAGUGCUUCAGGUUAAGAACUUUGCUUCAGGAUGAGAACAGAAAUCGUGUUCCGGCGGCGUGGCAGCAGCAGGAGGCCCCAUUAGCUAAAGUGGUGCUUCAGGUUAUGAACAGUUUCAGGUUAAGUGCGGACCUCCGGAACAAAUUAAGUACUUAACUCGAGGUACCAAUGUAUCUAUCUAUCUAUCUAAUCUAUCUAUCAUCUAUCUAUUUUCCAAGGUUGCAUACAAAACACAUAUUUAAAGCAGAUUUCAAGCACUUCUACCUGCUUCUCCAAAGAAUUAUGGGCAGCGCUACAAUUCCCAGCACCCCUAACAAACUACAGUUCCCAGAAUUCUUUUUUAGGGGGAAACGGUCUCUAAAUGUAUGGUGUGUAUGCAGCUUAGGAAUGCAGAGGUGAGUCCUUGGUCAAGAUCGGUGACUCCAGCUUGCAUCUCCCCCCCCCCACUUCCCAGUCUCCUCUGUAUCAUUUUCUUCCCCUUCCUUGUCUCUCUCCAGCCCCAUAAUGAGAGACACCUGAAGCACAUUAGCCUGUGAUGGAGAUGGAGGGUUGUGUGUGUGUGUGUCCUUUUCAGAGCCAACCUGGAGUGUGCAAGCGAGCUCCCAUUUCCAGAGUUGUCUUCCCAGCAGGAAGGGAACUUGCCCUCGUGAGCUCCAAGCGGUGUCAGGGAAGGAGAACCCGGCCGAAGCAUUUCAAAGGCCUCCGAUAGGCGAUUCCGCCCCAACAAGAAGCGAUGAUGAUUUAUGGUGUGAUUAAAAGGUCACAGGAGGAGAAAGGGGGAGUGAGAAUGGUAUAACAUCAGUAUCUAAAGUUCUUGGCAUUGAACCGGUGGGGUGGGGGGAGGUGACCUGCAAAAGGGCCCAACAGGGACCAAGGCAGGUAGAUGGCUCUGACAGAGCUCCCUGCCUCUCUGGCCCCCAGUCCGGCAUCUGGCAACACUUGUCCUGAAACUUAAGACUCUGCUGAUGAGGCCCCAUUAAAUGUAACCAGCAACCCAGCCCUGUCGGGAGACUUCCUCAGCUGCCUGUUGUCUUUUCGGAAUAUCCUGCAGAAGGUAGAAAGAUCAGCCCAGUCGGUUCAAGUAACUGGUGAAAAGCUACUGGCUACGGUUUACUGUGGGCCUGGCAAAUACAAGACCAGGUAGCACCAGGAGGACUAGCUACUUAGCUGCAGCAUGUGAAUUUCAGGAGGUAUAUGCACACCCACCCACACAGAAUGCGUCCUUGAAUUCUGAUCCUGCCUCUUGCUUUCUGGGAUGGAGGACAGAGAAAGGGUGUGUGAGUGUGUGGAAAAUAAAAAUCCUACUCUACAACGGUAAGAUUUACAUUCCUGGCUCGGCCCACUUUUGCUCCUGGCUCUGCCCAAUACUGGCAGGCGGCCCUUGAAAGGCUGUCCAGACGGGAAUGUAGCCCUGUUGUAUUAAUUGCAAAAUAAUUCCUAUCAAAACACAUACAGUGGUACCUUGGGUUAAGUACUUAAUUUGUUCCAGAGGUCCGUACUUAACCUGAAACUGUUCUUAACCUGAAGCACCACUUUAGCGAAUGGGGCCUCCUGCUGCCACGGCGCCGCUGGAGCCCGAUUUCUGUUCUUAUCCUGAAGCAAAGUUCUUAACCUGAAGCACUAUUUCUAGGUUAGCAGAGUGUGUAACCUGAAGCGUAUGUAACCUGAGGUACCACUGUAUUUUGAUUGGGACAUUUGUUUUCUCAAAAUCCAUACAGUGGUAACUCGGGUUACAGGCGCUUCAGGUUACAGACGCUUCAGGUUACAGACUCUGCUAACCCAGAAAUAGUACCUCGGGUUAAGAACUUUGCUUCAGGAUGAGAACAGAAAUCGCAUGGCGGCAGUGUGGCGGCAGCUAAAGUGAAUGAAUUAAGUUCUUAACCCGAGGUACCACUGUAUUUGGAUACACUUAAAUGGCCCAUGGUAAGAACAUGAUAACAUAAGAAGAGCCUGCUGGAUGGAUCAGGCCAGUGGCCCAUCUAGUCCAGCAUCCUCAUCUCACAGUGGCUAACCAGAUGCCCGUGGGAAACCUGCAAGCAGGACCUGCGCACAAGAGCACUCCCUACGCUCUACCAUUCCUCAGAUGAAAAUUUUAGUGCCCCCUGUAGAGGAGUUCCUAUCAGAAGAAGGGCAAGUGCCUGAAAAAAACCUACCCUUAAUCCCAAUUGUAGUUUAUUUUAUUCUUCGGUAGAUUUACGAAAAGGGAAGCACACACCAAUACAGUGGUACCUCUGGUUGCGAACAGGAUCCGUUCCGGAGGCCCGUUUGCAACAUGAGCAGAACGCAACCUGCGUUUGUAUGUCUGUGUGGGUCGCGAUUUGCCGCUUCUGCGCAUGUACGUGAAGUUAUUUUGCAUGUCUGCACAUGCACGAGUGGCAAAACCCAGAGGUAACCCUUUCCGGUACUUCUGGGACGCAACCUGAAAACGCUCAACCUGAAGCAAAGGUAACAUGAGGUAUGACUGUAAAUACAUUUUAGAAAAGGGCAAGAUGCCCCAAUUUUGUUUUUUUAAAAAUCAGGGCUGCUUGCUCUCUGCUCUGCUCCCACUUUCUUCCUGCCCAGGGUGGCCCUGCCCUGUGUCUGCCCCUCGAAGCUGGUGUGUGACACAUGGGAUUGGGCCAUAGUGGCAGCAGCCUCCUUCCCCCCUUCUCCAGCAGGAGGCCGGCAUCAACCACGGAGAGGCAACAGGAUGCUCCCUCACAGCCACCGCUGCGCCUCGGGACAAGCACCGGCUCAACCUCCCUGAGGCAGCACUGCCAGGGGAAAUAGGGACAUUCCAGGAUCAGAAGCCAGGAUGGCAAUUCUGGGACUGCCACUGGGAAAUUGGGACACUUGGAGGAUAUGGUACUCUCCCCUGUUGUGGUUUCCAGAAACUGGUAUUCAGAAGCAUUGCUGCCUCCAACUGUAGGUAGCCAUUGAUAGCCUUAUCAUCCCUGAAUUUGUCUAAUAUAAGAACAUAAGAAGAUAUUCAGAGAAUUGCAAAAUCCAGUGGGUAGCAAAGCUAUGAUCUGGACAUUGGCCCGAGAGGUGCUGAUCAGGCCUUUUCACAUAAGAAUUGGCAGACCCGAAUCCAUCAAGCAUCGCCGGUCUGAGUUCCAGGAGCAUUUUUAAACCUUUCCCAUGCAGUCAAGCAUGUGUGUUAUUUGGUGUGGGUGUGUGUAUUUUCUUUCUUUUUAAAUGGGUCCCUGUAAAGCACAAAACUUCCACUUCAGUUAUGGAAAGGGAGGAAGGAUAGGGGGGUUUUUUGACCAGAAGAUCCAAAACCACAGUGAGGCAUCAGGGAGGGAACGGCUAACUUUGGGAUUUUUAUUUGAUCGUGAAGCGGGAAGUCAAAGCAUUUGAUGGCUCCAAAGUCUGCAGACCUGUAGCCACCCUGAAAGUUAAUGCGGUUGGAUUUCACAAGCCAAGUGGGAUGUGGGGCGGCCUCAUAGCUGGGCUAGGCAAAACCAGCUUAGACGAAGAAGAGGAGCUCCCAUGAACUUUCACCUGUUUUUAAGAGUGGAAACUUCUGCACGGCUCAAAAACAUUCCUUCUCGUUUCCAAGAAAUUUGGGUGUCCCGUGGAAAAAGCCAAGCGUCAGAGUAAGCUCCUUCAGGGAGUGAAAACUUUAGUCUGUUCUUGGGGAAUGUGUGAGUGCAGGAAAUGAGAAUGACUUCCUUUUAAAAAGCCAUGGAUUCUAUCCCAGAUUUUCCCUAACCUGGUGCCCUUCAGAGGUUUUUUGGAUCCAUUCACUUUUGGAAUUGAGAGAGCCAAAAUGGGCAGAUCCUUCCAUCUUUAAUCUUGACAGCAACAAGGUUAAUUAGGUAAAUAGGUAGACCGGCAGGCCCAUUUUUAUCACCAUAUUGAAUCCUGAAAACAUAACAUAUGAACCCUCUCUGUUGUAUUUCUUAUUAAAGGAUAGUCCUUAUUUCUAUACAGUUAUACCUUGAAUCCCAAAUGCCUUGGUACUCGGACGUUUUGGCUCCUGAAUGCUGCAAACCUGGAAGUGAUUGUUCCAGUUUGCGAACAUUCUUUGGAACCCGAAAGUCCGACGGGGCUUCUGUGGCUUCUAAUUGGCUGCAGGAGCUUUCUACAGCCAAUCAGAAGCCACGCUUUGUUUUCCGAACAUUUUGGAAGUUGAACGGACUUCCAGAACAGAUUCCGUUCGACUUCCAAGAAAGACUGUGCUUGAAUCAGCAUGUAUACCUUGGCAUAUGCAAAUAUAUGCUUUGGGUUUUGCCACUGCUUAAGUGGCCAAACCAGAAGGGAGAGUAGAGGAAGAAAUGGGGGGGGCAGGGAGUGAACCCUGCAGCUGGAUCCCAGAUGUCACCUCUUCUAGACUUCUUUUUGUGCCAUGUUUCUAGGCACAGGUUGUGCUUUAAAGCUCCAUGUCUGAGUGCUUGCCUCCACUUCCCCACAAAAACCUGUUCUGUACUGCUGAAUUGGAGGAAACGGCAAUCCAUGGGAAACCAGAACUGCCAUUUGUUCCAAUUUAGCGCUAAAGAGCCAGUUUUCCUGGAAAAGCAGAAGAGGGUGGGGAAGUACUCAGACACUGAGCUUUAGAUCUUAGGCCUGUGCCUAGAAAGUAUGGGGUAAAAGGUAAUUGCAGAUGAGCCCAGAGUUCAUCAGUGGAAGAAUUCAUGAGCGGGAAAGGGGGGGCAAUUCUGCCCAGUUCCAAGGAUUAGGAUGGGCAGCCUCAUAUUUUCUCAGGGGCCCCCAAAUGCUCUCAGCAUCCCCGUCCUGAUGGGAUGAUUCAUUUUCUGAAGUUUGAACCGGCAGCUUGAAAAAGCCGCCCAUUUAAUUCUAGCCCCCCCCCCCCACCAGCAAGUCUCCAUUCAAGAAUAUGAGUUCCUAGGGAAUUACAGAUGGAGACGUUUUCUGUGUUUGCUGGUAACAAAUGUAAACUGUGGCCACUUAGAAAUUUUCAGGAGCUGUUUCUGAUUAAUUUCUUUUGCUUUUGACAGUUUCCAUCCAGCUUCUCUUGUUCUUUGAGAAGGAAAGAGAGAUGUGGCUUGCUUUCCCCUUCCUUCCUUCCCUCCCUCCCUCUAUAUUUUGGAUAAUGUUUCUAGGUUUGCAGUAAGGCUAAAAUAAUCCAUCUUGCUUAUUAUUAUUUUUUUUAAAGAGGCAAAAGGGGGAGGGAGGAAUCUUGAGUGAAUAAUAAGUUCCACUGACCCAAGAAUAUCCGAUUGCCAUCGAGGACUGUAAGGGAAUUUUUCAAAUGGCUGCCUGAUGAAGCUGUCAGGGCUGUCAGGGAGCAGAGCGUUCCAGCCCAAACCAUUUUCUGCUGUAACUCUUUUUUAAAAACUAUAAUAAAAAGCAAAAGCCGAAAAGCUAUAAAAGCAGAAAACUGGAGAGGUAGAGAUACGGAGGGCUGAGGUGCCCAGAGAGAUGCUGAGAAGUCUGAUCAUCCAAAAACCUGGUUUGGCUUUCCUUUAGAUUCUGUGGGCCAGCCCUUCUCAACUUAGUGCCCUCCAGAUUUUCCGAACUACAACUCCCAUCAGCCCCCCCAGCCAGCACAGGUGUACUGUCUGACCCAUCUGGAGGGCACCAGGUUGGGGGAGGCUGCUUUGGAUGCUUUUUUUCUGAGCCACAUUCACCCCAUACAUUGAAAGGACUAUGAGACCACUUAAAUACUCACAGCUUCCCUCAAGGAAUUCUGGGAGCUGCAGUUUCUUAAGGGCAGACUCCCAGAGCUGCAGUUCCCAGAGUUCCUUGGGAAGAGGGUUUGACUGCUAAGCAUUCUGGGAAUUGUAGCUCUGGGAGGGGUGCAAGAUUAAACCCUGUGGAGGCCCCCUAGGCUGUCAAAAUUUCAGGGCGGGGGGCCCUCACAAAUUAUCUCCUAAAACUAAGAAAGCUUGAUUGCAAUUUUCUUUCAAGAUCAAAUCAAUAUUAUUUUGAUCCAUUGCACGGGGCCCCUAAAAGGCCUUGGGGGGGGGGCAUAGUCCAAUGCCUACUUUGCCUAUUUAGUAAUCUGGCACUGCCUGGGAGGGGUCAUUUGGCCUGAUUCAGUAGCCAGGCUCUUCUGAUGCCUUGUUGCUGGGAAUCAUGAAUGGAAGAGUGAUACUGUGCUCCUGUUGCAUUUGCAGGCUUCCCACUGGGGCAUCUGGUUUCCACUAGGAUGCUGAGCUAGACGGCCCACUGGCCUGAUACAGCAGAGCUUCUUCCUACUAAAAACGAUAGCCGUUAUCUAUAAAUGUGCAUCUAUGCGCAAGCGGAUUCGCAUAUGCAACCUUGUGCCCUCUUUUCUUUCUUCUCGGUGAUUCAUUUCCUCUUUUGCAGCAAAGUAUAUGAUGUCAGAACUCGCACUGCCUGCUGUAGCUCUUUAACAAAUGCUUUGAGUGUAUAUGUAUAAAUAGAUUAACUUCUUAUUUUUCUUUUUUGCAAAGGCGCUCUAAGCAAGGUUAUGUUGACUCUUUACACAGAACAUGCACACUUUAAGCUGCUUUUGCCUCACUUUCCUUGAGCCACAGAGAGGGAGAGAGGAUGAAACUUUUCAACACAGCCUUGGCCGCUGAUACUUUCCCUCCACCUCUCCUCAGCCCUUGAUUUUUCACCAGGCAUUGGCCAUGUAGCCUUGACCUUAUUGGAAAUAAAGGGCCUGCUUAGCCAUAGGUCUAGAACCUAUUGCAUUUUCAGAAGGAAAGCUGGGGUUCUAAAGUGACAGAACUCUGGAUCAGAUCCUUGUCUCUUACAUUUGCAUAUGCAAGGAAUUCACACCUUCUUUGUCAUUGUCUCCUCCAAAGGUCUCCUGACCCAAGAAAGUUAUUCUGAACAGCUUAGACUUAGAGUUUGCUUGCAGUUGUGAGAUGGGGACCGGGGGGGGGGGGGGACUCCACCAUAUGUGAAUAAUAGACAAAUCAUGGAACUCAAUAUAUGGGGCGAACUUCACAUCAAACCUCUGCAUUUUUUGCUUUUCUCAUGUCUUUCUGAGUCUGCGCAAUGGAGUCUGAAACUGCUUUCGAUUAGAAAAAGAUGCUCUAAUAUUUUUUCUGGAACCCUUUGCACAAGCGGUUCCCAGGGCCUGACAAUGAACAGUGGAUUUCUCUUCCUGCAGAAAUGGUUUGGGCCUCACUGAAAUAAUUUCCUUUGGCUGUGCCUAUAAACCAAGCCAAGUGGAAACGCCGGGAUUUCAAAUGCUUGACUCCAAAGCCGAGGGAUCUAGUGUCCCCUUAAUGGCUGAUCCCUCGGAACUGGCACCUCCUGGAAUAGGGAGAGAGAAGCUGGCAGUGGACAGGGAGGGAAAAGGGCAAGGGCAGCUUCUGUGCUUUGAGCCCACACUUUUUAAACCAGCCUUCCCCAACGUGGUGCCCUCUGGACAUUUUGGACUGCUGGCUGGAGCCGAUGGGAGUUGCCAUCCAAAAUAACUGGAGGGGAACCAGGUUGGGGAGACUGGUUUAAAAUGUGAGGGUUUUAGCAAAUGGGAUGGGUGAGCAUGAGCUUCCAAGGCAACCCUCUUUCAUCACCAGGAAAGACGAGCCACAUACAUUUAAUACACCAAACCACUAAGAGAAACAGCAGAACGGAUGAGCUUAGGAGCACGGAGGCACGGAUGAUGAUGGGCUGCGUUCAGGAAUAGCAUCUGCUCCUGUUCCUUCUAAUUAGGGUUUUGUGUCUCUCAUUGUCUCCCCUGCCUGAAAGCUCCCCUCUCCCUUCGCCUCUCUUCCUGAAUCCAGCUCAAGCUCCUCUGCAGCUUUACUCCAUGCCAUCUCCCUGCUAUCUCUCCUUAUUUCACACAGGACCCAUUGCCUCCUCUGUUCAGACUCCAGACACGGCUCUGCCGUUAGGCAAAGUGAAACAGCAGCCUCAGGCAGCAGAUGCCGGGGGUCAGCCACAGUCCCACCACUGCCACCUUUUCACCUGAAUCCUGUAAACCGGUGGGCCACAAGUUUCGUUCAGGUUGCCCAUGGCAUGUCUGUGGAUUUGUUCUCGGAGACAGGAGACAGCACAUCUGUCGCAGUAAAUAUUCAUAUAGAAUUGUAUUUUUGUUGCAUCUUUCAUUUUUUAUAUCGUGUUACUGUUUGCAUUCUACAGAAUUCAGGUUGCAAUACAAUAAAAUAAAACAUAAGAAAUAAGGGAAGCCAUAAAAAUCAAAUUAAAAGGUAAAAGGUAAAGGUAAAGGACCCCUGGAUGGUUAAGUCCAGUCAAAGGCGACUAUGGGGUUGUGGUGCUCAUCUUACUUUAGGCUGAGGGAGCCAGUGUUUGUCCACAGACAGCUUUUCAGGGUCAUGUGGCCAGCAGGACUAAACCACUUCUGGUGCAACAGGACACCGUGAUGGAAACCAGAGCACACAUUUACCUUCCUGUCACAGUGGUACCUAUUUAUCUACUUGCACUGGCAUGCUUUCGAACUGCUAGGUUGGCAGGAGCUAGGAGAGAGCAACAGGAGCUUGCCCCAUUGUGCAGAUUCGAACCGCCAACCUUCUGACUGGCAAGCCCAAGAGGCUCAGUGGUUUAGACCACAGCGCCACCCGCAUCCCAAUUAAAAACCACCCAGCAUCUAGCACAGUGCAUUGCAAUGGCUACAAUGGGCAGGAGAAUCAUUAAGUGGUCCACCAAGACCCUCAGCAAUUUUCAAGUGGUCCGGAGAGUGGGGCGAAGUUUGAGAACCAGUGCCCUAAACUAGUGUUCUUUGCACCUUCUAAGCUAGCCUGGUGCUCUCAGGUACUGUGGAGAAUGUUGUCCCAUCACCAAUGUGGAAAUACGAUUUCAUCUAUCUUCACCCUUAGCAUGUAGUCAGAACUAGGGCUAGAGAGAAAUAAUCAGUUCCCCAAAACCCUUCAAAAUUUGCAAUUCUCCAAAUUGUGAGAUGCAGUUUUCCAACCAAAGAGGAUGCCCAAGCAUGCACAGAUUAGUGAAAAUAACUUAUAAAAAUUCACUACGUUGGUGAAAGAUGGCUUGCAAUUCUGGGGUGUAUUAAGCGGCAUUGUAGAAAAUCACAUACAUUAGUGCACACUGAUGAGUUUUCACAAUGACUUUUAAAAUUGUCAUCAUCACCAGGCAUCACAAACCGAUGGAAAGCAUUUCAACCACACUGGAAAAACGAGAAACCAAAAUGGACAGAUUUGCCCGUCUCUUGCCAGAACCGGCUGUGUUGUGUUGCGCAUGCCGACAGUCCUCUGGGGUGUAAUUUCCCACUUUUCUGAUGUGGGGGCUGGUUUCUGCAACUCUCCUUCUGUUGCUAAUUUGAGUGGCUGAGAUUUGGCAGCAGAGAGCAGGGUUGUUGUUCAGGGUUGUGCAUCCAAGAUUGCAGGCCCCUCGAGUGCUGUUCAUCCCCCCGCAGAGCUGUCAUUACGCUUGUUCAUAGGAAAGCCUUUGACCACCACUGGAGAGCCCUUGCCAGGAGGGGAGAGCUGCAGAAGGGCAACGGGUUGCAGCUGAACCGAGAUCAUAUCCCACCCCCACCCCCUCUUUCUUUGCCUGGCUUAAAAUAAAAUAAGUAAGGUGAAUGAAAGGCAGCAGGAAAAGCAUCUUGGGACAUGCAGAAUAUGGACCAUUCUGUGCAAGAGAUAUGGGGUGUUAGGCACUAGUUUCUUUUGGACUCUGUGCUGCUCCUACCCACAAGUAUUUUUGCAGCAAUUUCAUGACAUAAAGACAUAAUAAGAACCCUUCUGGAUCAGGCCAAUGGACCAUCUAGUCCAGCAUCCUGUCCUAUCAGUGGCCAACCAGAUGUCCCAAAGGUGAAACCUGCGAGCAGGAUCUGAGCACAAGAGCCCUCUCCCCUUCUGCAGUUUCCAGCAAGUGGUAUUCAGAAGCAUCGUUGCCUCUAACUGCAGAGGCAGAGCAAAACCAUCAUGGCUAAUAGCCAUCAAUAGCGGUCUCCUCCAUGAAUUGGUCCAACCGUCUUUUAAACCACCCAGGUUGGUGGUCAUCACUGCUUCCUGCAAGAGUGAGUCCCAUCGUUUAACUAUGUGCUGCAUGAAUAAGGACUUUCUUUUAUCUGCCUUGAAUCCCACAUUCAGCUUCAAUGGAGUUCUAGUAUUAUGGGAGACAGAGAAAGACUUUCUCCAGGCCAAGCACAUUUUUAUAAACUUGCCUCUUAUUUUCUCUAAACUACAAAGUUCAAGACAUUUCAGUGUUUCCCCAGAGGGGAACUAUUCCAUCUCCUUAAUAAUUGUGGUUGUUCUUGUCUGAACUAUCACUACCAUCCAACUGCCAGGCCAAACAUUUUUCUUUCUGGGUUGUUGUUGUUUUAAGAUUUAACCUGCACUUCACAUUACCAAUCUGAUAAGUACAAAAACAGCCCGUAAUAGCAGGGACUGGGACCACUUUAGCUGUCCUUUCAGGUGUUCCCAAAGCCACAGUCCUCACCUGCCCAGCUCUGCCCCUCUUGGAGUGUUGCUUUCUGAGGGAUGCGGGAGCAUGUAUAGCUACUAACCUACUAUACAAAGGUAACAUUUCUUGCUCUCCCCACUUUUGCUGCUGACCAUGCCCUCUACUGGUAUGUGGCCCCUGGAAGGCUGUCCAGAAGGGAAUGUGGCCCUCAGACUUAAAACGGUCCCUGUGGCAGGGACUGCCCCAAGGGCACUUAGUGGGGAUUUGAACCCUGGUCUCCCAGGUCCUGGGACGUGGGCGGCACUGUGGGUUAAACCACAGAGCCUAGGACUUGCCGAUCAGAAGGUUGGCGGUUCGAAUCCCCGUGACGGGGUGAGCUCCUGUUGCUCAGUCCCUGCUCCUGCCAACCCAGCAGUUCGAAAGCACGUCAAAGUGCAAGUAGAUAAAUAGGUAUCGCUCUGGCGGGAAGGUAAACGGUGUUUCUGUGCGCUGCUCUGGUUCGCCAGAAGUGGCUUAGUCAUGCUGGCCACAUGACCCAGAAGCUGUACGCCGGCUCCCUCGGCCAAUAAAGUGAGAUGAGCGUCACAACCCCAGAGUCGGUCACGACUGGACCUAAUGGUCAGGGGUCCCUUUACCUUUACCUUUUACCUCCCAGGUCCUAGUCUGAUGCUCUUUCCACUACACUACACUGGCUGCCGCCACCACCCCUUAUGUCCAUUUGCUGCUCACCUGAGCGCAAUCUGGCCAUUUCCCUCCCCGCAGCCCUCCAGACCAAAAGGCAUGAUCUAGCGUUAUUGUAGUUUAUCGCCGUAAUAAAUUGACAUUAUAGCACCAUAGCUCUCUUUUGUUCAAAACAGCCAGAAAAGUGUUUUUGCAAUAAUUAAAAAGAUUGAUUUCUUGAAAAGAAAUAAAUAGGGGGUCAUAAAAUGGCACUCACCCUUGGGGGCUGUAGCGAACACGUAUGGAGAAUCAAAGGGCUCCAUGCCUACGGGGGGUAUGGGAUGUGCAGAUCAGGAGGUGCAGAAAGAAAAUUUGCACCACUUCCCAUGAUAGUUUGGAGAGCUGGUUGCAAUUCCACUUGGGCCUUGAAAUGGAAGAGCAGGGGUUGGGAAGGGGCCAUUUCCCCAGAUCAGGCAGGCUGGCCCUUGAUAGCAGCAACUGGAGAUGCUACCUUACCUGGGAACAUUGGAAGAAGCAUGAUGCCAAAACAGGCUAAUGGCCAUUUAGCUCAGUCCAGCAGGGAGCUUUUCCUCUCCCCACCUGGAAAUGCCAGAGAUUAUUUUUUAAAAAAAAUUAUUUAUAUUUCUCAGAUAUAUACAUUUCACUGAUUUUUACAUUCAUUUUGACAUUUUAAAACUUGACUUCCUUCCCUCUCUUUCUGUGGUUCCUUCAAUUUAUUUUUACUAUCUUCUGCACAUCCAAAUUAACUUAACUUGCUCAUUUAUUUAUCUUCUUUUGGAAAUGCCAGAGAUGAAGGGUGAGUGGAUCUGCCCAUUUUAGUUUUCUCAUUUUUUUGUUCUUAACCUCAGUUCUCCAUAUUUCUGCAUCACAAUUUUUUUUAAAAAAAAAAAAUCAUAUAAUUGUAGAAUUGUAGAAGGGACCAUGAGGGUCAUUAGUCCAACCCCCUGCAAUGCAGAAAUCUUUUGCCCAACGUGGGGCUCGAACCCACGACCCUGAGAGUAAGGGUCUUGAGCUCACUUGGCAAUUUAGUGCCCAUUUCCCUUAAGAGAAGAACAUAAAAACUACCCUGAUGGAUCUGGGCAAAGGCCUACCUAGUCCAGCAUCCUGUUCUCACAGUGGCCAACCUGAUGCCUUCAUGGGAAACCUGCAAGCAGGAUUCAAGCCUGGCAGCACUCUGCCUUCCUGUGGUUUCCAGCAACUGGAUUUUAGAACCAUUACUGCCUCCGACUGUGGAGGCAGAGCCUCCUCCUUCUCCACCAUGAGUUUAUCCAAUCGUUUUUUAAAAGCCAUCCAAGUUGAUGCCCUCAUUGCCUCCUGCGGAAGUGAGGUCCAUAGUUGAACUAUGCACAGUUUCAGGGAGGCUUAUUCCUACUUAGAGAUGCCAGAUUCCUACUUAGAGAUUGAACCUGAGAUCUUCUGCAUGCAAAGCAACUGCUCUACUACUGAGCUUUGCUGUAUAUCCAGACAUAGAUACCAAACCUUCUGUGGAUAUUUAUUGGCAGCAGUCUGAAUUUUCAGACUCUUAAGCCUUUUCGUUUGCUUGCUUUUUGACUUGAUGGUUCCUGGCUGGGAUGAAUGCAGGACUGGCCCACCCAUGAGGCAAGGUUGAGGGGUCAGGAUCCCAAGCCUGUGGGUGUGUUGCUGCUGCUGCUGUCACCUCCUAAGCAAGACGCAACCCAUUGCCUGGCUUUUCCUGCAUUGAGUCUCCAGCAUCCCAUCCUCCCUCUCCACAAAUGCACACACCUCUCAAAGGGCGGCUUGUGCUGAGAUUUCAGUCCUGCUUUGAAGAUGGCUGUAACUCAGUUGCAGAGCUUUUGAGCUACGCUGCUUCAAGCCAUGCAUGGGAUGAUCUGGUUCAGUUGAACACAGAGGCUAUCAGCCACAAUGGGACGCGGGUGGUGCUGUGGGUUAAACCACAGAGCUUAGGACUUGCCGAUCAGAAGGUCGACGGUUCGAAUCCCUGCGACGGGGUGAGCUCCCGUUGCUCGGUCCCUGCUCCUGCCAACCUAGCAGUUCGAAAGCACGCCAAAGUGCAAGUAGAUUAAUAGGUAUCGCUCCGGUGGGAAGGUAAACGGCGUUUCCGUGCACUGCUCUGGUUUGCCAGAAGCGGCUUAGUCAUGCUGGCCACAUGACCCGGAAGCUGUACGCCGGCUCCCUCGGCCAAUAAAGUGAGAUGAGCGCCGCAACCCCAGAGUCGGUCACGACUGGACCUAAUGGUCAGGGGUCCCUUUACCUUUUAUCAGCCACAAUGGCUAUGGGUCUGUCUCCACAGCCAAAGGAAAUAAUGCUUCUCAAUACCAAGUUGCUGGAAAAUGCAGCAGUGGAGAGCUCUUGUGCCUGAGUCCUGCUUGAAGGCUUCCCGUGGAGGCAUCUGGUUGGCUGCUUGUAUGCAGGACUAGAUGGGCCACCAGCCUGAUGUCCUUAACAAACUUCAUUGAAUUUGUUCAGAAAAUCUCGGGACCAUACCUGAAUGUAGAUCUCAUAACUGCUGGGGGAACUGAAUGUGAAUUAAGCCCAUCUUGUGGCAGUGAGUUCCCUAGUCUAACUAUGUGCUGUGUGAAGAAGUCCCUCCUUUGGUUUCUUCCCAAAAGUUCCAGCUUGCAGCUUCAUGGAAUGGCCCCAUUAGGUUGCGGCAUUAUUAGAGAGCAUUAUGUGCAUGAAGUGAUGUGGCCUUCCCCAGAGAGAGUGCCACAUAUUAAAGUCUCUGUGUGGUCUCCCUGCUUCCAGCGAUGGCAGCCUGGUGUUUGGUGAUUGCUGGGCAUGGAGUGCUUGCACCACAAAAAAUGUUUGCUUGGCCUUCCUCCCCUCCUCCUCCCCCCCCCCCCUUUUCCUUUUGGAGAAAGUCUGUUCUAAUUCAAGAUCUUUAUUCUGGUGACCACCAUUUUGCCAUUGAAGGUACCAAAGGCAGGCUAUUCCCUGCUCCUUUUUCUCUUGGCUCAGCUGCCUGUCUGGAGAGCUGUUUCUCCUGGCCCUGUUCUCCUGAGCCCAUCCCAGAACUGGUAACCCAAAGCUGGGCCCAAACCACAAACAUCAUCCCAAAAUCACCAACUGUAAUUUACUCCCGGAGCGUGUGUGAUUUUCUUUCCUGCCAGACUUGCAAGGCAGAGCAGAGCUGACACAUGGAAGCAUUUUGCUGCUGAUAAAUUUAGGACGAGGAACAACACUCUCCGGAGCAGUUCAGAGGGGCUAAGGCAGGGAAAGCGACCCGUUUAUCUCACCAGGGAGCAGGAGACAUUGAUUUGAAAAAGAGCUGCACUUCCUGGGAUUGACCAGGUUACCUUUUCAGUUUAUAUUUGGCAACAGAUGAAGCAGUUAAUGUUUGCGAGGGGAGUGUGGGAUCGGGGAACUCUUGCAAUCGGGUUGCUUUUGAAUCACAAUGAGCUUAACCUUUUGCAAUUUGCUCACUAGGGAUCACUCUGUCCCUAAUUGCAGUGUGAAGUUUCCCCUUCCCCCCUUGCCAAAUAUAUAUAUAUAAAUAAAAUUCGUUUUUUUUAGCAUAUCAUUUUCAACAGUUAUUAAACAUACUUUUACAUAUUAUUCAAAUUUUUGACUUCCAUCAAUGCUAUCUGAAAAUUUUCUAAUCUAAUCUCUCAGUAUGCAUUUCUUAUCUUCCCUAUUACAUUUCAAACUCAUAACCAAUAUCUCCAUCUUUUUCUACUUUGUAACACUUCGUAUAUUUCCCCUUCUUGUAGUCCUGCUAGUGUAAUUUGUUGAUUACAGUUGCUCUUCAAAUAAUUCAUAUACUUCUUCCAAUCUUCUGUAAAUCUCUGGUCCCGCAGGUUUCAAAUCCUUCCUGUCAUUUUGUCCAAUUCUGCAUAGUCCAUUAAUUUCGUCUGCCAUUCUUCUUUCGUCGGAAUUUCUUCUUGUUUCCAUCCGCCCUUGCCAAAUUGAUUCCCCCACUCUCCCAUCAUCUAUGCUGGUUUUCAGCAUUCACCAUCAGUUAGAAUAUUAGGAACAUUCCAUGCCUUCCCUGGGAGGAAAACAGGUCUGGCACAGAAAGUGAUGGUCUUUUUUCAGGACGACAUAGAUAAAGGAUAGCAUCCCCCACCCCCAGGUUCAAACCUGCAGGCUGCCUUUGCACAAGCCAGGUGCCAGUGUUCAAGAGUUAAGAUUCCUGCAUUGCAAGGGGUUGGACUAGAUGAUCCCUUCCAACUUUACACUUCUAUGAUUCUGGGUUUCUGCCAUGGUGGUCUCAGCAAAGAUGUGGCAGUUCCCAACUUCCUACUGAAUAAAAAUGAGGUUUAGGUUGUGAUUUCUACAAGGGAUGGAAACUAGGGCUUGGGGAGAGAUUUGCAUUUAAAUGUGAACCUGAUUUUCGCUGAACUUGUGCCAACAAAAACAACCAGGCAAAGUCAUGUCAAAGUGACAUUUUGGUCCACCAUCUUGAUUCAAAAUGGCGGCUGGCAGCCAAACACCGAUGGCUGCCAAACCCAAUUCAGGAACCCUCAUGCCAAGUUUGGCAACAAUAUCUCGAGAGGGAGCCAAACCUAUGGAGACCAGAUGAAGAGACAGACAAACUACUUUCCAAAACAUAUAGUAGCUAUAAUAUAAUGUAAUAUCAUUAAUAUAAUGCACACACAAACACAAAUAUCCCUCUUCCUUCUAAAAAGACUGCUAAAAUUGGCAUCUCUAAAUGGAAACGAAAGCAAAGUAGGUGUUCUAGACUUGUCCAUUUGGCCAGAAAAUGCUGAGACUCAUCAAGUGUUAUUUGGUCUGGGCGUCACAGUGGAGCGGAUGUGGAAAGUCAGCAGCAACUUUAUUUUCUGGCAGUAUUCUGGACUCUUGAGUUCCUGCACCUUGGCCAGGCUGUGACUUCUGAGGAUGUAGCCUCUGCCCAAAAUUCGCGAUACAACAUAGGAUAACUCAGGGCCAAGUUCUGUAAAGUUUUGAACUCCUCCCCCCUCAUAUAUAUAAAUAUAAUUGUAUCCAGUUCUGAGUCUGGGAUGUGAACUAAUGUGUUUUCCAGAUUGCUGCAGGGAACAGGGAGAAAUGGUUAAACUUUUAGUAGGCUCAGGGAUUAAAAAAUAUAUAUCCUCUGCCUUCUCCUUGAGUGAUUCUUUUGCUUGGCUGCAAAGCUUUGUUGAAGUGCAAUGCUUCUGGCUCUCCUAGAGGAAAGGGUGUGUGAUGUAGAAAUCUCUUGUCCUUUCGUGGGGUUGGAGUGGAGCCCACUUGUGGCUUCUCCCAAAGAAUCCUGGGAAUUGUAGUUUGCUAUGGCUACUGUAGAGACGCAGUUCCCAGAGUUCCCUGAGAAGAGGGGUUGCUGGUUAAGCUACUCUGUCUAGGUUUUGCAGCAGGCUGACCUAAUUCAACAGUUUCAAACUCAUUUGUGGAUUGGAACACAGUUCCCAAUUGAAUUAUGCACUUUUCUAGAUUUUGCUAUGAGUUUCGGUCUAUACAAAACUACAUACAGUGGCACCUUGGUUCUCAAACAUAAUCCGUUCCGGGAGUCUGUUUGACUCGCAAAGUCCUUCAAAAACCAAGGCACAGCUUCUGAUUGGCUGCAGGAUCUUCCUGCACUCAAGCGGAUGCCGCGUCAGACAUUCAGCUUCCGAAAAAUGUACGCAAACUAGAACACUUACUUCUGGGUUUGCAGCAUUCGGGAGCGAAUUUGCUUGGCAGCUAAGCCGUUCAGGAGCCAAGGUUUGACUGUGCUGCAUAUAUGCCUGCAAAAUGCAUACUUUAACACACACACACACACACACAUGCACAGAACAUACACAAUUUGGGGAAAACACAUUCAAAAACGUGCAGAGAAUUUGAAUGAGGACUUUUUGUGUGUUCAGACGAAUUCUCAAAAACAGGACAGAGCUGUGUUUCCUGUCAUUGAAACUGAAACGGGACAGAAUUCGGCAAGUUUCCUCUCUGGUUCAGACCUUUCACCCAGUGGCUCUGGUGCUGGCAACUGGUUUUGAAUUAUCGGCACCGGCUGAAGGGUCCCUCCCAGGUGGGUUGUGGCCUUUUCACAGCUGAUCUGCCCCCUCUUUAAAAUUCCUUAAACAGCUGCUCAGCACAAAAGCGUUAAUUCCCCACCGCGGUUGCAAGGGAACAGAUGUUGCUUCCGCCAUCCCCGGGAGUACUGGUCGCAGUCAAAAGCUUCCGCGGUGGAAGGCCCUUGGGUUUUGAAUCCUAAUGUACAUUGUUUGCAUGACUGCUCCGGAAACCGAAAUAAGCACCUGCACAGGGAGGAAAGGAUAGGGAUCCUCUCCUAACCCCCCAUCCCCAAUUCCAUAAAGAAAAGUGAGCAUUAGAGGCAACUUGUAUUCCACUUCCCUGUCUUUUUCCAAAGCAGAGUGUUAAAACAGCUAAAAUAUGCAUACGGGGGAAGGAAUAUUAUAAUGAUAAUCCUGUGCCUCAUUUAAGGAACUCGGGGAGCAUAGUGCAGGAUUUAACCAUUACAACCUCAUUACAACCCUGCAAGGUAGCUUAGACAGAGCAGAUAUAAUACACAUAUUUGUAUGCAAUUUAUACACAUUUUUGCAAAGCAUAUUUGCUCUAAUAUACUUCACUCGAUUUUGCUGUACAGUUCUCCAGCCAAGUACAAAAAUGCAUACGAUUGGGUAAAGUGUGCACAUAAAUCCAUAUAUUACUGCAAAAUAACAUACAUUAUACUAGAGAAAAUUGUUUUGCAGAAAUAUGUGUGUGUUGCUUAAAUCUGCUUACAAAAAUGUGUCUAUUAAGAGAAAUUUGCACUUAGACCCUGGUGAAUUUUCACAAUAGCUUUUUGGAAACGGAAAUGUGGGGUGCUGCAAAAAUGAGAAAUGGGGAGAAAGCGUAAUGAACAGAUUCUCCCAUCCCUGAGUGCAGCCAGUGGGGCAACUGAGUGCUUUGCCUUCAGACUUCACAGCCAAGCAUUAGCUUGGAUGCUGAUCUGGGUUUCUUCUUGUGGGGGCUGAUGAAAGGCACAUUGUGGCUUCUCUCAUCUGCCUCGAAUUAGGGGCUUGCAUUGUGGUGUGGGGCUGGGGCCCCCUUUUCUCUUUUCCAAAGUGGGCUUUCUGGCCACUUGGUGGAGAGGAGAUUAGUCUGGAACAGAAGUGCUAAGUGGCUUAAAAGGCAUCUGCAGCAAGCCUUCACUUAAGCUGUCAUCAGUUUCUUAAUACGCUCCACUUCUAAGGCCCCAAAAUUUGCACCGACUCACACUUUUCCUACUUCAAGGUUUCAUCUAGAGGAGUCUGAUGGACUGGAAGGUCUGGCGUCUUUUUGCUUUCCAAAAUGCCUGCAGUCCUGAGUGCCUCCGCUCAUGUAAAGAAUGCCAUUUUUUUCCUCCUUUUUUAGUAGAGCGUAAAAGCACACGCCCUGUCCCAAUAGCUCAGAAAAGAAACCUUCAGUACAAGAUAAAAAUAAAAGGAAGCACUUAUUUACACUGCCUGUAGUUAAAACUAUGGAUUCCACAACCGCAAGAGGUAGUGAUCAGCACCAGUUUGAAUGGCUUUAAAAGAGGAUUAGAUAAAUUCAUGGAGAUGGAGGAGGCUAGCGAUGGCUGAUAGGCAGGAUGGCUGUUCUCUGCCUCCGUGGUCAGAGGCAAUAAUGCUUCAGAUGCCUUUAGACUGUAACUCCUGUCAGCCCCCACCAGCAUGGCUCUGGGCACUGAGGCUGAUGGGAGUUGUAGUUCAAAACCUGGCUGUGCUGGCUGCAGAGCCGACCUCCUGAUGAGGCAGGGUGAAGCACCCACCUCAGGUGGCAGGAGCACAAGAGCAGGUGUCCCAUCCACACCCACCACUGCUGUUGCCUUGUGGAAUGCUCUUGCUGUGUUUGGUGAAAGGGGACAGCGUUCUGGCACGUGGCGAGAAAAGGGGGAGAGCAGGGGCACAUUCCCAUUUCGCCUCAGGUGGUGAAAUGGGAUGGGCUGCCGCUGGCUGGCUGAGGCUGACGGGAGUUGUAGUCCAAAUCAUCCGGGAGACACCAGUUUGCAGGCUGUGUGUGAAGGUCUUAUGUGUCUGUGAGUGAUUUGGUAGCACCCAAGACAGUAGCACAACUUGAAGCUAAGAGGGCCUAGAUGAGAUCUCCAGGACAUACACACACACCCAUUUAAAUUGCUUAGAGCUUUCUGAAGAAUGUAUAAAAUGGAUAAUGAAAUGCAUAAAUCCUAAAUAAUGAAUCAGGUGCUGGGAGGAGAGGAGUCGCGACAGUUCAAGGGAGUUUUCGGAUGCCUCAUAGCAGCAGAAGUCAUCCGCGUUGAUGACUAAAUUUGCAUGCUACAAAUUAUCCAGUCAGCUCAAUUAAUUAUCCCAGUUGGACCUGAGCCACUCUCCUUCAUUGGAUGCCUGUCAUGAAGGCGAGAAGCUCAGUGGGAAGCUUAAAAGCAGGAGGAAGACUUGGGAUAGCUUUUCAGAGACCUCGCUUUGCCCUGAUCUUUUGCCACUGAGCCAUUAAGCAAUCCUUGUAAAUAGCUAUUAUACCAGCAGUUUGGCGGUGGGGGGUGGGGACACACACACACACACAUACAAGAAAUAAAGCUGAAAGCAGUUUGAAUUCUUAUCUGUUCUGAAAUGUCCUGGAGGGACAAUCAGCAGCAGUUUACCCAGGUGUGGUCUGACAUCCAAAGUAAUAUUUAGGUUUCAAACAAGUUUGGCUGAAUUUAAUAAGGUUAGAAGAGCCCCGCUGGAUCAGGCCUGUGGCUCAUUUUAGCCCAGCAUCCUGUUCUCACUAUGGCUAACCGGAUGUCUGUAGAAAACCUACAAGCAGGAUUCGAAUGUAAGAGCUACUCUCCCCUCCUGUGGUUUCCAGCAACCAGUAAUCAGAAACAUUGCUGUCUGACCAGAGAGGCAAAUCCUCCCAGUUCACACUUCCAGAACAAGACACAAAGUGAAAAAUUUUUGAAAUCCACAUGUGUCCAAAUUUUGUGUUGUAGUUCUCCAGUCAAAUAAUUCAAAGGGGAGGUGUUUCCAUUUGGAGAAGGUGUGCAUAAGCAUGCAUAUAUUGGUGAAAAUAACAUACAAAAAUACAUUCUCUUAGGGGACGUUGCUUGCAAAAAAAAAAAAAGAGGUCGCAAACUAAUGCAGAUUUGUGCCAUGUUUCAGACUGCAGAUUGGUUUGGAAAGUUCCCACUGACGGUCAAUUCACAGUGAAAUACUAGAGCUCAACUUAGGUCCAGGGUACCUCAGGGAUCACCUGAACUCUUUUAUCCCAGCUCGAUCACUGAGAUCAUCCGCAGGAGCAUCAUUAGUCGUUCUCUGCGUUGGCAAGGCUCGUUUGACAACAACAUGAAAUGAAGCCUUGAGUGUCAUCAGCUCUGUCUUGAGUAAUACUCUGCCAACACAGAUUCAGCAGGUGCCUCCUUCUGUUUCAGUUUCUAAAAGCAUGCUGAAAACUUUCCCAUCAGGCUUAUGCAGGCCAUUAAGAAUACAUCUUUCUGCAAUAGUUGGCUGAUUUCUGAUUUCAGCUUUUAAAAUAUAGAAUCAUAGAACACAGAAUCACGGAACUCUAGAGUUGGAAGGGACCACGAGGGACAUCUAGUCCAACCCCCUGCAAUGCAGGAAUCUUUUGCCCAAUGUGGGGCUUUCAUUAUAUGGUUUUAUGCACAAUUAUUGGAAACUGCUUUGCUGUUUUCUUUAUGAAUUAGUGGCAUAGAAAUAUUUUUAUAAAUAAAGAAAAAUUUAAAAAUGCAAGCUGGGCAAAUUUCUCCCCUCUCACUGUUGGGCGACUUUAAGAAAAAACAAUUCAGGCUACGAACUUUUCUUUGUAAGACUGCGCUAGAGGGAAUGGCUGCCUGGGAGAAGCAUCCACUUGCUUGCUUGCUUGCUUGCUUGCUUGCUUGCUUGCUUGCAAUUUCCCUUUGAGAGAGAGCAAGGGAGCCAGGCCCACCAUGCACCCUUUUAAUUGCGUGCAAUGGAGGUUGACAGUGGGGGUGUCUGAAAAGUCUUUAAAGGGGAGAGCCGGGCCUUUAAUUCCCGAAUAUAUCAUCUCCACACGGCUGCGCCUUCAUCUGCAAGCUGUUUGGCGCUGCUCGACAUCGUCAUUGAUGGCAAGGGUCACUGGGCGAUCACAGCCUUCGCUUGACCCGGGUCACAGGCAUGACACCUGUCACUGAGCUGCCCCCCUUUCUUCCCUCUUUUGCAACCCCCCCCCCAACCCUCUGCCGCCCAGUGGCAAUACAGACCUGUGAAUCAAAGGGACUCCAGGGAGUGAAUAUCAAUAAAAGGAUUUCUAAUUGCUGCUUUUCCAGACACAGUUCAUGCUGGGGGCUGGGGAGGGUUUUGGUCCAUCUCAUUCUUCCUGCUUUCUCCCACUGCCUCCGCCUCCUCUCUCUUGCUCAGCUCUCCGUAAACAUGCUCAUUCUUUUCAGGAUUUGGGGCUUGGAAAUCAGCCCUUGGAAGAAGUUCUUGUUUUGAAAAAGGGAAAAGACAGGAGCAUUGGGAGAGGAGCAUAUCACCCUCUUCGGUUAAAAAGAAUCUGUUGAUUGUUAGCAAAAAUAGAGGAUGAUUUCUGCAGAAAUAAACCGCAGCACAUCGCAGUCCCCACUCCACCCUGCCACACACAGCAUGGAAAUGAGAAUGUUAGGAUUUGUGCUCACAAAUGGAAAACCAAAUCAGGACUGAAACAAUAAAGUCUUCUGCAGAGUCAAAACAAUCUAAGUUGCAUCAUAGGGUGGCAGUCUUCCUUAACUGGGCAGCUCCAGAUGUCUAUGGAUUCUAACAACCCAACCGGCAUGCCCAAUGGUCAAGGAUGAUGGGAGCCACAGUCCAACAAUAUUUGGAGAGACACAGGAUCCACACCCCUGCCCUAAGCCAGGAAUAGCCAAUGUGGUACCCUCCAGGGGUGGUUGGACUCCAGCUCCCAUCAGCUCCAACCAGCAUGGCCAGUGGUCAGGGGUGAUAAGAGUUGUAGUCCAAUGGCAGCUAGACUACCACUGAUCUACAGAGAUGGAGAGACUUCACAGGAGUUUUUCUCCAAACCUCUGGUGGUUGGGUGAAACUGGGGUAGCAAAGCACAUGAGAAAUCUCUUAUUAACCUUUGGGUAGGGUGAUCAUUUAGGUAUUGUCAAAUCAGAGGAAGUGGAUCGCCAAAAAGGAGGGCAAAACAGAGCACAGGUUUGCAUAAGAUUUGUGCAUGCAAAUCUGUAUGUGCAAAUUUAUUUAUUAUUGUUGUUUGGAUGUCUUCACCAAUGAAGUCCCAAGGCAGGUUUAAUGGAAAAAUAAAUUUUCACAUUCUUCUUUUGUGAGGAUGACUGAAAGCAUGAUUUUAAAAUUAUUAAAAGCCAUUUAUAUACCACUUAAUCUUUCAAAAAUCUAUGUGUAUACCGCUCAACCAUCCUAAUUUAAGCAAACACCCCAGAAUUACAGAAGCCAUUCCUUGCUUCUGAUUGGAUCCUGGAAUGUCCCACUUUUUGGUCCGGCACUUUGGCACGAGUCAGCUUGUGCCAGAGCACCAGACCAAAAGACGUUCGUAUUUUUGUCUCGCUCUAAUGCAAAACAGCUGGCUCCCAAAAGAGCUCAGGACCAAAAAAACCCCUACCGUCCCAAUCUGGAGCACCCAGAUGUUGGAGGGUAUCAUGCAAUGUACAGUCUAAAACAAUGUAUUAUUAAAACAUAGAAACGCAACCUUAAACCAGCAAAAAAGCAAUAUAAAAGCACCUGCUUCGUUUGGGUGGAAAACAGAGAGAAGCAGAGUGCCUAUUUUGUAAAAUUUAUAUUCACUGCUCUGCCCAGGUUUGCUUCAGGCCCUGCCCACCACUAGGAUGAAGUCCCCUGGAAGGCUGCUUGGAAGGGAAUGCAGCCACCAGGCUGAAAAUGGUUCGCCAUCCUAGGUUUGUAUGGACUUGUGGUGGCUCUGCAGAGCUUCAAGCAGGGAGUCUUUCCCAGCCCUACUUGGAGAUGGCAGGGGUUGAACCCUAGACCCUCAUUCAUGGCAGUAGCAGCCUGCACUGUACCUGGGCCAAUGGUUUCUCCUUCCCCUGGUCUCAAUCGGGCUGUGCAUUGCCCUGGUGCUGCUUGUCGGAGAAGCUCACAAUUGAUUCUCCAACGUGUUUGCUAAAACAGCCUCUGCCCAUAAUGAUCUCGUGGAAUCAAAGUCUGGCUUUGGGGGCCUAGAAAGCAAAACAUUCUAAUUCCUCCCCCAGGAGCCGAGCAUUGCUCUUUAUCGACUCCUCGCCAGCGUCUCCGGGGGCAGAAGCCAAGACUCACUCCACCCUCUGGGAACUUUCUCGUUUGCACAAGCAGAGAUUAAAAGAGAGCGUGCGGGGAUUCCAGCGCCUAGGUCUGUGGCACUUGGGAAGCAACAGCAAAAGCAAAUCAAUAGGUUCGAUCGGAGGUUUUUAAAUUUUGCAUGUACGUGUGCGCAAAGCGUUUGGUUCAGUGUGGAGGGUUUUGUAUCGGUCAGUUUGUGAGACUAUGCCCUCGGCUCAGCUAAGAAAAAUUUCCAGAAGAGCUGGACCAAAUUUGAAAAGCUGGAGUGUCCUGGUCUUCUGGUGUUUUGGAACCAUUUCCAACACUGAUGGCUUGGAUUGGAUUGGACCAAUUCAUGGUGGAGAAGACUAUCAAUAGCUACUAGCCAGGAUCACUAUGCUCUGCCUCUACAGUUGGAGGCAGCAAUGCUUCUGAAUACCAGUUGCUGGAAAUCAUAAGAUGAUGAUGAUGAUGAUGAUGAUGAUGAUGAUAAAAAAAAUUUAUACCCCGCCCAUCUGGCUGGGCUUCCCCAGCCACUCUGGGCGGCUUCCAAUAAAAUAUUAAAAUACAGUAAUGCAUCAAACAUUAAAAGCUUCCCUGAACAGGGCUGCCUUCAGAUGUCUUCUAAAAGUCUGGUAGUUGUUGUUCUCUUUGACAUCUGAUGGGAGGGUGUUCCACAGGGCAGGUGCCACUACCGAGAAGGCCCUCUGCCUGGUUCCCUAUAACUUGGCUUCUCAUAGUGAGGGAACCACCAGAAGGCCCUUGGCGCUGGACCUCAGUGUCCGGGUAGAAUGAUGGGGGUGGAGAUGCUCCUUCAGGUAUACUGGGCCGAGGCCAUUUAGGGCUUUAAAGGUCAGCACCAACACUUUGAAUUGUGCUCAGAAACGUACUGGGAGCCAAUGUAGGUCUUUCAAAACCGGUGUUAUGUGGUCUCGGCGGCUGCUCCCAGUCACCAGUCUAGCUGCAGCAUUCUGGAUUAGUUGUAAUUUCUGGGUCCUGCUUGUGGGUUUCCCAUUGGGGCAUCUGGUUAGCCACUGCUAGAACAGGAUGCUGGAUGAGAUGGGCCAUUAGCCUGACCCUGCGGACUCCCCUUAGGUUCUUACUUUCCUAGAGAAUAAUAAAAACCAGAAUCUCAGGGGGAUUGCCUGGGGGAUUGCGCCCAAAUUUGUCACCACCAACAAAGCAUCUCCCAAUGGCUCAAGUUCUCCAAGAGCGGUCCAUCUCUCUCUCGCCAGUGUUUGCCGUGACACCGAUUAACUUUUCCGUCUCACAUGGGGCUGUUGCUACUUGACAUUCAGGAGCUCAAGCCUCUUGUUAUCUGAAGUUAAUAACCAGGUCACUGAAUCAAACUAUUUAAUUUAAGAGCAACUCCAGCUGGAAAUAAUGUUGGCUCUGAGUCAGGAUUCGGAGAGUUCUGUCACUCCAAAUCCCUCCAGAUCUUUAAAGUAAAUAGCUGGGAGAGAAAGAGAAUCUCCCCCUCUCUCCCCCCCCCCCCCAGCCUGCUUGAGUGUUCACAGUUGUGAUUAGACACUUCCAGGUUGUGACCUCCAGUAGUGAUCGUUGACUUGUGUGUACUUUACAGCUCAGAUUGUUUAAACUUCAUUCACUUUGAUUAGCACUGAAGCAAAGAGUGAUUGAAGCAAUGUCUGCUGCUUGGGCGAUGCCCACAAAUGCAACCCCCCUUUAUGCACACACGCACACAGCAUGUUGCUUUCAGAGGGGGCAUCAAGGGGCUCACACGGCACCGAUUAGGAUAAAUUUUGAAAAGGUCACUAGCGUUUUCAGUCCAAAACUCUCCAAAGAGAUGCUGAAUUGUUUGAUAGAGAUGGUGGUCCAAUGAGUCUGGUUCCUUGUCGCUUUUGUGUGUGUGACUCUUGUUCCGUUGACCAGCGGAUGGGGCCAGAGUUUCUUUUGCCCUUGCUUCUGCAGUCCCAAGCAAAACAAGAAGAUGGAGUCGAGGGCUCUUUCUGGGUGGGGAUGGCAACUCCCUGCAGCUGCUCCGUUUGUGGCCAAUGAAUGAGCUAGGCUAGUUUCCCCCUUGCCAUUAUAUUGCCAAUAUAUAUAUUGCUGGGAGUCAGGGAGUGGAGUCUCUCAGUGGCCACUUGAUAUCAUCCCAUUUCUGCAUUAAUCUGCAGAUUUGUUUUUUUAAAAAACCACACAAAAAUUGUGCAUGGGUUAGAUAUGCGUUUUCUCUCAAAAUAUGCUUUUCUAAGCAUAUUUUUUACUACGGCGAUUGAAUUCAUCAAGCAUCCAUUCUUCUUAAUAUUUUUGGUGAUCCUGCAAACUCAGCUUGUGGUUCUACAUCCAGACAUUCUCACUCGCUCUUUUCUUCUCUCCUCUCUUGUGUUUGGUUAGUGGUUUUCGGAAACUUUACUUCUCAAAUUAGGAUCUGUUUUAAAUUUACCAAGGGAAUCGAAAUGGACCUUGUAAUUUAGGUCAAAGAGGAGGAAUCAAAAUCCAAACUUCAAAAUGUGGAAAAGAAAUCCAGUGUUUAUUGGCCAGGAAUCUGGAUACAGCUUAUUGUGGAGAUUUUCAUUUGUAGAGAAAUGCUGAUUGGGUCUGCAGUCACUGGACCUUGAUUCUGCUUUUGUAUAGAGCAUCUCCUCCUCUUUCUUGCAUGAGAGAAAGUGCUGGUGCUUUGAAAUGUUCUCCCUCUGGCUCACAGCGUGGACAAGGGAUGUAAGAGGGCACCAUAUCCCAUUUUUCACUGUAUUUGCUGCAUGAAGCCCUGUUUCUUUUCUGCUGCAGUCAUCUGCCAAUAAAUACAUUAUCUGUCUUGCUGUCCACUUGCAAAAUUACACAACUUAUUUAAUUAUCUUAUUAAUCACAUUAUUCCAUGCAAUUAUUUUUCAAUGCAAAGCGAAAUGCAAUGCAAGUUGGGGUGGAAGCAUAUUCAGUUGAAUAUCAUUUCCAGACUGAGAGCAAUGAUGGCGACACUUGUCAAUCAUAUUAACUGGAUUUAUUUCUGUUCUGCGUAUGGAGUGAGUAAGUGGGCACUGGCAAUUUCUGCUCCCGGUUCUGUCUUCGUAGAGAUUCUGACACCUCUAAUGUGGACCCCACUGUAUUUCCUUACUUCUUCAAGUGGCAGAAAGUUUCAGAGGCAAAUACUACAGGGUACAUUUCACUGGAAGGAAGGAGCAGUAUGAUGGCUCUGCUCCACUCCCACAGUUGGAGGCAGAAAUGAAUACCAGUUGCUGGAAAUCACAGGAGGGGAGAGGGCUCUUGUGCUCAGGUCCUGCUUGUUGGCUUCCAUUUGGAGCAUCCGGUUGAUCACUGUGAGAACAGGAUGCUGGACUAGGGCCGGAUCUAGACACAUAAAAAAAAAUGUUUCAGGAAAACACGUUGUAAACCUCAUAAUGGGAAAUUACGUUGGCAAAGACGAACUCCACAGCACCACCUGGUGUCACAGUGUUAUAACGCAUUUAAAAUGCUUUUUCUUUAGUAAUGUAGCUGAGUCCUAAAUGGGGCAUUGAUCCGAUCCAGCAGGGAUCUACCAGAGAUAAAAAGAUGCCAUGUUUAUUUUUGUUACUUCUGCUAAUUCACAAAUGUAUGGUGCAAAAGCUGCAAAAAACUGACAUUGGCCUCCUUUACUGGCUACAUUCGAGCUCCCAAACCAUCUCUCUCCAGACUCCCAGAGGAUUGGGAGUGCCACAGUUUACCGUAGCUAGUAGCCACCAGCCAUUAAUGUUCAUUUAAGCGAGCAUCUUCUGUCCAUUAAAACAUCAUCUUUAGCUAUUAGCUAAACCAAAGGCUGGGAGGGCUGGGGAGGUUUAUCACUUCACAUCAUGCUACAUAAGAGCUUUUCUAUUAUGCUAUUUAAUUACAGUCAAGUUUAACUUUUCUGGAAGUUCCCAAUCCUGAUCAUAAGUCUAAGAAAUAAAAUAAAGCCCUUUGCUAGCCUGGUGAGGGUCUCCCAAGUCUUGCCAACCUUUUUUUGGCCUUCGAUUUGUGGUGAGUUUCUGGGGAUACUUUCUUGUCUAAAACUCCGGAGAGCUGCUGCCAAUCAGUGUGGACAAUACUGAAGGCUGGGCUUCUGAAGGGAAGGUCCAUAACUCAGUGUUGGAAUGUCAGCCUUGCAUUCAGUGAGCUACAUUCCAGACAUGUAAAAUAAGAGAUUUCUGCGCAGACACAUGUCCAUCCUCUCCUCUGCGGAAAGGCCUUGGCUCAGUGGUAGAACAUCUGCCUUGCAUGCAGAAUGUCCCAGGUUCAAUCCGCAAUGGCAUCUCAAGGUAGGGUUGGAAAGGACUCCUGCCUGAAGCGCUGGAGAGUGGCUGCCAGUCAGUGUGGACAAUACUGAGCUACCGUAUUUUUCGCUCUAUAAGACGCACCAGACCAUAAGACGCACCAGUUUUUAGAGGAGGAAAACAAGAAAAAAAAUAUUCUGAAUCCCAGAAGCCAGAACAGCAAGAGGGAUCUGGCUUCUGGGAUAGCCUCUUGCUGUCCUGGUUUAUGUGAUAGCCACACGCAGCCUCUCCUGGGCAGCGGGAUGAAGGCUCCCCCUGCCCGGAAGAGGCUACGGGUGGCUAAGGCAGAAGCCAGGCAGUGGUUCCGGAAGGCUUCCGGGCAGUGGGAGGAAGGCUCCCCCAAGAGCCGUGCUCCCUUUAAAGAGCUGCAUGGAGCAUAUGUGUGGCUCUUGGGGGCUUUUCCCUGAGGUGGGAGAAGGGCAGCCCUUCUCCCUUCUCGGGGAAAAGCCCCCAAGAACCGCACACACGCUCCACGUGGCUCUUUAAAGGGAGCGCUGAGCAGAGCCUCCUGCCUGCAUUCGCUCCAUAAGACGCACACACAUUUCCCCUUACUUUUUAGGAGGGGGAAAGUGUGUCUUACAGAGCGAAAAAUACGGUAUAUGCGCCAAUCAUCCAUCUUUGUAUAAGGCGGAAUCCCACAAUCACACCCAAGAGCUGAAUGGUGAGAAAAAGGCUCGGUGGACACGCUCAAAAGGACUUCCGCAUUUGCCAGGGCUUCCAGAUGCUUCCGUCUCAGCAUUCAAAGGACGUUCUGGGGCUGAGCCCCCACUGACAUUCAGCUCUCAAACUCACUGUUGUUUUGCUCGCCUGCCGGUCUCGGAGCAGGAAGGGGAGGGCAUGGAGGGGCGCAGUCCUCACUUGCCUCCGGGGUGUUUCUCUCCCACCCCCACCCCACCCCGAUCUCUCUCCCUUGUAUCAAACUCUAAUUAGGUAUAAAGGGCAAAGGAUGGGGUUGGCAGAGGAGAGGGCGAGGGGUGCUAAUAAAUUAUUCUCCUUCUUGUUAAUUGUCAUGUCUCAAAACUGGGAGGUUGUGCAGCCAAGAGAAGGAAGAGGCGUUCGUGCCAAGGACGGAUGGGCCGUAUCAUAAGCUCACGUUGGCCUCCAUUAGCAUGUAUGGGGUCCGGCCUCUCAAAGCCAAUUAGCUCAUGGACCAAGCUUGAUUGGAAACCCACCGGCUUCAUUGGCACGUUGGAACCGUUGAAAGAAUAACAAACUCAGAGCAGGGGGGGAGUCUCAGUAAAGACGCCGGUGGGGGACUCGUUUCCGUGGCUGCUUUUGUGAGAAGAGGGGUGGGGAAAUGGCUCAAGUCUUAUGGAGGCGGGGGGGGAGGGAGAGAGACAGGGGGCAAGUAAUUAGGAGGGAGGGAGGGAAAUCCUGUGGCUGAAACUUUGAGCUGCCUGCUUGGACCGCAUUCAAGCGUCUGGUGCUUGAAUGCGACCUAUGGACCGCUCCACCUUAAAAUCUGCAUUUCCUCGGCCUACCCACCUGUUGCUGAAACCAUCCAUAGUCUCCCAGGCAGAUCACUCAGACAUCAUUCUCGAAUGGAGGGGCAAGCCUGCGGGCCACAUCCCCUUGUGUCUGGCCUUCUAGGGUGAAAGAGCUUGAGGAGGGGCGUGGACCAUUUGGAGUGUGGCCAAAGAAGAGGGUUGUUGCCUGGGGAGGAGGCGUGGUCUGUGGACAGUCCCUGGGGGCCAGAUAGAGAGGGUUGGGGGCCAUCUUUGUUCCCCCAGACCUGAGCUUUCCCUUCCCUGUUGUAGAACAAUGGUGGGCUGUGAUGGUGAAGGCUGCUGUUCUUAUGAAGGUGGUCCUGGUAUUUUGCUGCAGAAAUGGACCUCUCAUGGAUAGCUAGGCACAUUAGAGAGACAGCGCAGGGUAGGUGUGUGAAUGUUGGGCUUGGAAUGGUGGGACCCACAUUCCCACUGGGCCACGAUGCUCAGAGGCCCUCCCAUCUCAAAUUAACCUACCAUGCAGGGUUGCUGUGAGGAUAAAGGAGGAGAGGGGUCCUGUCCUCCUCAGAGUGUCAAGCCUUGCCACCUUCCUGCCAAAACCAAUCUGGAUUCAGAUGAGGCAGGGUCUGCAGGGUCAAUCAGCUGUUAUGGGGAAUGGAGGGGACCAAGGGAGGAUUCAGCCCACCCUCCUGCUGCCCAGGGGUGUCGGGAGAAUCCCAUUGGAAAUGAAUAUAGGAGCAGCGAUUGCCCAAAUUUGCAUGUUCGCCUGAGGUCAGGAAGGAGGUGGUGGAAGCAGUAUCAGCUGUUGCUGGGCUUUUCUUCUUCUUUUCUCCGGUCUAUGAACCUGACAUAAAUCACUGGGUUGUUUUCUGUGUCGUUUUUGACAUUUCCCUUCCGUUGAAACGUGUUGGAGUUAAUUAUGUAAUUGGCAACAUAAUUAAUUACGUUAGUUUCGGCCAUAGUGGAUGGCGAGACAAAUAAUGUAGGUUUGAGCAGACGCCAAAACUGCUGUGGUAAUGGAAGCAGCACCAAUUGUGAUGAAAACACAGAGCGGGAGGGAGAAACUGCUGCCUGCAGUGGCAGAGUUUGCCACUCAAGAUGAGCCAAGGCAGGGCACAUGGAGCCUGCGUGGAGUCUGCUCCGGCCACUGCCUCCCCCUCAGCUACAGGCACGGUGCCUGCAUGUGCCCAAGCCACCAUGUCACUCCCAGGAGAGACACGUGGCUCAGGUGCGCUGCAAGCCCCCCGUGGUAAGUGCCGCCCCCUCAGCCGCCCUCGCCAUCCCCCAGCUAUGCUAGUGGCUGCCUGCUUACAUCCCUAGCUGCUCCCUCUCUGAAAACACUUGUUACUGCUGCUGGGCAAAUAGAAUCAUGGAAGUGUAGAGUCGGAAGGGAUCCCAAGGGUCAUCUAGUCCAACCCCACAAUACAGGAAUCAGAGCGCUGUGUGUGUGUGUGUGUGUGUGUGUGUGUGUGUGUGUAGGCAGUCAAGAGACUGUAUGUGUGGCAGGCAUUAGCUGAAUAAAGCCCUCACAUAGGUUAGUCACAUGGAAUGCCUGCCUGCAUCCCUUGCUGACUUGGGGUGCCGCAGUCUCCUACAAUCCCUCCCUGCAAAGAAACCCACUGAUAAGACCACCCUCAAACUUCCUGCUGCCUACGAGGCAUAGUUCCAGCGUUGGAGAAAUGCAACAGUCACAUUCCCAGCAGGAAAGGCAUUUGCAAAUCCCCACCUCAGCCCAUGAACGGCGACGCCUUCCUCGCGCAAUAAAACUGCUAUCUGGAAAAGGCCAUUUUAGCCCCAGUUGAGCCAGUCUGGAGAGCUCUGUUUCCCCUUUCGACAAAGGCCUCCUUGUUCCUCCCUGAUUUUAUUCUCUCUCUCUUUUAAGAAAGAAAUGGCAGAUAGGCCUGCAUAUUGCAAUUGAUAUGCAGAUCUGGGAGGUUCUGCGUUUCCAGGCUGAGGGGAUAAAUCUACACGCAUCUCCUCACUCUCCGCUCCCCUUUCUGCUCCCGUCCCCCGCAUUUUUAUUUUUUUUGUCAUGGAUCUCGCCUGCUUUACAUUUUUAUACAAAAAAGGUUCUGUCCCCUUUAAUCUGCGUUCUGGGGGCAGCCUGUCACGAUGCCUUUUCAAAAGGGGGUUGCGUCCGGACUUCAUUGAGAAUGUCACCCUUGCCGACCGUGUGAAUUAACAGGGGUGGAGCAGGGGUGGGACAGAGGCUGAAACAGACACAGAAGUUAAUCUACCUUUCCUUGCGAAGAGUUCGGUUGGAGUCCGUCCGUCCCCCCACCAAAAAAAAAAACUAUUAUGCAAAGUUAUCCAAGUCUUACGGGUGGUGCUUCAUAGCCCAGAAGGCUUCUACCAACCAAAUCAUAGUAUUUUGCUUUUAAUUUGCCUUGCCUUUCUUCAGUGUGUGAGUGUGUGUAUUCCCAUGUCUCCUCAUAAUUCAAGACAGGUGGGUGUAGCAAGACAUUUCUUGUGAAUAUUCCCCAAUGGGAAAGAAUAUACUGUGUCUCCUUGAUGGUAAAGUCACUUGCUCUGGCCCUUAGAAUAAUAGAAUUUUAAAUUUGGAAGGGACCCAAGGGUCAUCUAGUCCAACCCCCUGCAAUGCAGGGAUAACAGUUAAAGAAUUCCUGACAGAUGGCCAUCCAGCCUCUGUUUAAAAACCUCCGUUGAAGAAGAGCCCACUACCUUUCUGAGGGGGUCUGUUCCACUGUCAGAUGGUGAUUUAAUCCUUGGUUUCAUCUAACCUCAAAGGGGGCAGGAGACACUCUUCGGGCCAUAUCUGGCAUUCUCAGUCCACCAGAGCAAGGGCUCUUGUGCUAGUGGGUGGUUGCGUUUUAAUGUUGCAUAGCAUAGGAAUCCAAUGCAACUGCUCUUGGGAGUUUGUUUCACCUCAGAUGGCUCAAUCUAUCACAAAGUUACAAGCAACCUGCUUAUGCAUCCUCUUGCAUGACAAUGUUCCACUGGCACAAAAUAUUUAGCCAGAGGAAGAACAACACCUCUAAAGGACUUUAAGGUCCCCACCCACACUAUACAUUCAACUUCAAACUGUUAUGGCUCCCCCUUCCCCCAAAAUUAAUAAUCCUGGGAGCUGUGGUUUGUUAAGGGUGCUGAGAAUUGUUAGCUGACCUCCAUUCUCUCUUGCAGAGCUACAGCUCCCAGACUUCCCUGGGAAGAGGGAUUGAAUGUUAAACCACUCUGUAUAUUGUAGCUCUGCAUACCCUCCAACAUUUACCUGAUGAAAAUAGGGAUGUCCCAUUCCAUAAUGAUAAUUUUACUAUUUAUACACCACACAUCUUACUGGGUUGCCCCAGCCACUCUGGGCAUCUUCCAACAUAUAUAAAAACAUAAUAAAACAUUAAAGAUUAAAAAAACCAUUCCCUAUACAGGAUUGCCUUUAAACGGCUCAGGGGUCAGAUACCCUCCAACAUUUAACCAAUGAAAAUAGGGACCUCCUAAGGAAAAGCGGGACAUUCUGGGAUCAAAUAAGAAACCGGGACGGCUUCUCUAAAUCACGGGCGUCCCUGGAAAAUAGGGACACUUGGGGGGUCUGGCUCUGUGGGAGGAAUAGGGGUCUCCCGGCAACUCUCAGCACCCUUUAACAAACUAUAGUGCCCAGAAUUAUUUGUUAUUCUUUGGCCAACUGGGGAAGCAGCUUGACAAACAAAUACAUUUUAGCCAUUUGUUACAUUUCUAUCCCACCCUUUGAAUGUGCUUAUAGCUGCAUACGUCAUUCUUGCUCUCCAUCACAACAACCCUGAGAGGUAAGCUAGUCUAAGGGAGAGGGACUCCGAGGACAGACUAGGCUUGUGAACCUAGCACUCCCUAGUUCCUUGUCUAGACACCACAUGGUCUGGUUUUUUCCAAACAUAUUAACCAUUCCAGCAAUUUAGGAACAUAGGAAGCUGCCUUAUAAUUAGUCAGACCGCUGGUCCACCCAGUUCAGUGUUGUCUACACUGACCGGCAGCUGCUCUCCAGGGUAUCGGAGAAGGGGUGUUCCCAGCCGUACUUGGAGACACCAGCCAAUUGAACCCAGGAGCUUCAGCAUGCAAAACGGAUGCUCUGCCACUGAGCUACAACCCGUCCACCAUUUUGCUCAGGGGAAAUACUUCUAUAUGACAGGUCAGCCAGUCUGUUGGACCUCCUGGGAAGGCAUUAAGGUUCAUUUUGCUCUUUUAAUAACAAAGUAGCUGGGAUGUGUGUGGAUCAGUCACAGCCUCCAUGGCCUCCUAUGGAUAGCUAGUUUAGGGUGGUUUUUUAAGCACCGGAGCUCAAUGCUACUUGCAACCCAGCCUUCUUAGAGCUCGAAACAAUUUGGGAUUGGCUUUUAUAACUCUGCAAUGGCUAGGAAUGCACUUACCGUAUUUUUUGCUGUAUAAGACUCACUUUUUUCCCUCCUAAAAAGUAAGGGGAAAUGUGUGUGCGUCUUAUGGAGCGAAUGCAGGCUGCACAGCUAUCCCAGAAGCCAGAACAGCAAGAGGGAUUGCUGUUUUCACUGCAUAGCGAUCCCUCUUGCUGUUCUGGCUUCUGAGAUUCAGAAUAUUUUUUUUCUUGUUUUCCUCCUCCAAAAACUAGGUCCGUCUUGUGGUGUGGUGCAUCUUAUAGAGCAAAAAAUACGGUAUUUAUUUUCCCCAGUGCCUCCGUCUCCAGGUAGUUCAAGGUGUGUGUAGUGCUUAUUCGCAGUAGGCUUUCUUUCGGGCACCCGAAAGAACCCUGGGGGGGAAAGAAGUUUGCAAAGGAGUCCUGGGAGUGGCGAGGGCCUGAUUUAUGAGAAGAGAUUAAUAGUGGGAAAUACGUUCCGCUUACCUAAGCGGUAAUUCAUUAGAAAGGAUCAGGAGCUGGUGUGUGGAGGGUGCGGGGGGUGAGCAUGUUAAAUGUCUGGAAAUAUUUGAAGGAUAUAAACACUGACGUUGGUGAGAAGAAUUAUGGGAGCGAUAAAAGGGGGCUUAACUGGGGCAAAAUUAAGAGGAAAUUCAGGCGUAUAUACACACACAUACACAUCAUGACACCAGUGCCUGUUAAUCUUCCAAAAAGAUGCUGGAAAUUAUUGUCAGCUGAAGCCUUCAGACCAAUAGACUGGGCCACUUAUUACUGGCUGUUUUAAUUCCACUCAUCUUUCCCUCUACAUUACAAAAUCUGGGGCAUCUGACUUUGUUCCUUGGGGUUGUCCAAAGCAAAAUCUGCCAAAUCCAAAAUCAUCCACAGGAUACACUUGAGGCCCAUUAUAUACUUUUAAAGCACGUAACUUCUCCUAAAGAAUAAUGGGAACUGCAGUCCAUUAAGGGUGCUGGGAAUUGUAGCACCGUGAGGGUAAAUGACUGUUCCAGGAUUCUUGUGGGGGACCCAUGUACUUCAAAUGUGAUUGAAAUGUAUGAUUUGAAUGUGACCUUAGUCUUUGUUGGGAUGAUGCCACAGAUGCAUAGCGGUGCGGUGGGGGAGGGGAGCUAAUGCAUUUCAAGGCUGCAUUAACAGACGUACAGACUAAGGCUGGUUCUACACAGCCAUUUAAGACUAUGGGGGGGAAAAGUUAUAAAGGUUCACAAUGGAAAUUAUCAUAAUAAUAAUAAUAAAUUUUAUUUACAUUUAUAUCAUGGACUUUGGAUUUCAGCUCUACAGCAUCAUCUGGUGUCACAUUGUUAUAACGCAUUUCUAACAUUAUAAAUCCACUAAUGUAGCUGAGUCCCAAGUACUACUCUAUUCUGCCUUGGUCAGAACCCACCUGAAGCCCUGUGUCUACUUCUGUGCACCAUAGUUUAAGAAGGAUGUUGACAAACUGGGACAUGUGCAGAGGAGGGCGACCAAGAGGAUAAAGGGUCUGGAGACCAAGUCUUAUGAGGAAUGGUUGAGGGAGUUGGGUAUGUUUAGCCUGGAGAAGAGGAGAUGGAGAGGAGAUAUGAGAACCAUCUUCAAAGAUCUGAAGGGCUGCCACAUGGACGAUGAAGCAAGCUUAUUUUCUGCUGCUGCAAAGGAUGCAAUCCAAACAGAUGGAUUCAAAUGACAAGCAAGGAUAUUCUGACCAAAUAUGAGGAAGAACUUUCUGAGGGUAGGAGCUGUUCAACAGUGAAAUGGACUCCCUCAGAAGGUGGUGGACUCUCUUUCAUUGGACUUUCUUAAACCGAGUUUGGAGGGCCAUCUGUCAGAGUUUCUUUAACUGAGAUUCCUGGGUUGUAGGGGAUUGGACUAGAUUGGACCCUCAUACCUGCAGGACCGCCUCUCCUGGUAUGUCCCAUAGAGGACCUUAUGGUCUUCAAACAAAAACAUCUUGGAGGUCCCGGGCCAGAGGGAGGUUAGGCUGGCCUCAACCAGAGCCAGGGCUUUUUCAGCUGUGGCCCCGAUCUGGUGGAACGCUCUGUCACAAGAGACUAGGGCCCUGCAGGACCUGACAUCUUUCUGCAGGGCCUGCAAGACAGAGCUGUUCCACCAGGCCUUUGGCCAAGGCACAGUCUGACCCCCCUCCUUGUUAUGCAAAUGAAUUGAUUUUAGAAUGCUGUGUUACUUUUAUUGUUGUUAGCCGCUCUGAGCCCGGCUUCGGCUGGGGAGGGCGGGAUAUAGAUAACAUUUUAUUAUUUAUUAUUAUUAUGAACCUUGGGAUCCCUCCCAACUCUACAAUUCUAUUAUUCUUAGGGUGCUUUUCAGUGGAGUUCCUAGGGGAAAGCAAGAGUGCUGGCGCAAGAAAUUAUGCCUCCUGAGGUGCAGCCACUGCAACCAAGCCUCAUCCCUUCUCUUUAGGGUGGUGGUAGUCCAACCUUCAUUCCACUUUCUUAUUUUCUGGGCUUCUGCUGCAGUAUCAGCAAAGUCCUCUGCCUCCUCCCUCCCUGCCUAGCUCUGGGAAGGGCCAAAGUCCUUUCUUAGAGCAAAGCAUUCUGGGUGGGGUGGCCUGAGCCAAUGGCAUGAUUUGCUUGGUGGCCAUGAUGUCUAAAAUAAUGGGUGUGUGUGUGUGUGGAGAUGUUAAAGUUUCAGUAGCAUUUAAACUUUGUUUCCUUAUUGUAGGCAUCCGUUUUAGCCAACACAGCAAACCAUGAUGGUGUGCCGCAGGCACCCAGUUUGUUUGGCUCCAUUGUAGAUUUCUGGCUCAUCAGAGUUUAAGCAUAAUGUCUCGUCCAUGAUCCUCAAUGAUCAAUUGUUCCUCCUGUAAUGGGGGUGGGGGGACUUAAGGUGUGCUUUGCCCCCAAGCAGAUUCCAUUAUUUCAUCUCAGUCAGUUCAUUUGGAUAGGGACAGGGGAGGCCUGUUUAUCUUCCAUAAUUGAGCAUCUUCCUGGAGAGCCAUUAGGUGUCAUUACAAACAGCCCUCGUGCAUCCUAGCUCUAAUGAGGGAGCCUGAUGUGAAAUCAAUCCUGCCUCGUAAUGAACCUGGACCUCUGGCCUCUCCAGAACUAUAGCCACCGAUGUUUCGGGAGAGAAUACAAUUAGGUGCCCUCUCACGUUCUUUGCCAAGCCUGCCCCUCCAGGCUGGUGGCAUCAGAUGGAAGCUUGGCAAGGCUGCUUGCCCAAAUGCAUCUGUCCAACUAUUGAGAAGAGAAGGUUGGAUUUGAAUGAGACCUUGCCCAGAGAGCCUUGAGGAAAACCAGGUUCCUCGGGUUUCCACAGGAUUGUAUUUACAGUUCAAAAUGGCAGAACUGACAUGUUUCUGUGUUUGUUCUGCAGUUCCAAAGAUUCAAUCCUUCAGAAGGGCAACACCCACUCUUUGGAACUCACUGCCCAUUGAUAGACAGCGACCUUUGCUGUACUGUUUUUGGUUCCUGCUACAAACUCAGCAAUCUACAUGGUUCUCAGCAAAGUGGCAUGGCUUCUGCCAUUUUGCACUUGUUACACACCCAGAGAGACAUACGUUGUGGCUUCACAGCCCAUGUGCAGAGCCAUCCAAUAUGGUGGGGUCCCUAAUAUCGAGCAGUUCUGGGUGGGGACACUUUUAAUCAAAAGCAGGAUUGUUGUUUGUGUUUUGCUUGCCCAUUUGACCCAGAUUCUGGUUUGAGUAUGCACCGUUUCCCAUCCAAAAAUAGAUACCUGAGUAGUAUGAUGAAUCUUAAGCUUGGCCACUGACUUAAUAGCUACAAGAUUUACCUGCCUCUGUUAUUCACACUGAGAGGGAGAAACCAUAGGUCUCCACUAGUACUGCCCCAUUCGCAAAUGGAGAAGCAGAUCUACAUAUAUCCACAAUUUGGGGGUGGGAAUUGGCUAGCUUGCUUACACUGAGGGCUUGUGCCAUGUCUAGAAAGCAUGGAUCCAACCAGUUUUCUACUUGUCCCCUGCUCUCUAGGCAAGAGGUCCAAGUGGUUUUGCCUUAGCCCCACUGCUUUCCCCUGGAAAGCCCACUCUUUGAUGCUAAAUCAUAGAAAGCAUCAAUCGGGAGAAAACCUAGUUGACAUUUGCUCCAAUUCAGAGCUAAGCAGUGAGUUUUCCAGGGGAAAGUGAUGGGUCAGGUGGAACUGCAGCUGUACCCUGAGUGAGGCAAGGCAUGUACAGCAGAAAAGAGGUUAGGAUCUGCAUUGGGGAACAUCUAUUGAGUUGCCAAUCUUUUUUUGCACCUGUGGACACAUGGUGGUGUGAGAACCAUGCACACAUCACAACCAUGCAGGCAUGCACCCACAAAUUGUACCCACACGCACUUACUCUCCCUCGCACCCCAACAAUUAGGCAUGGGGAAAGUCAUAUAUUGUCUACAAUUUAAGGAGUCUUUCCAGCCUAAUUUCAGCAGGGGAGCAGGACCCUGCAAGUGCCCAGACAGGAACCUUUGCAGGGACACAAGAGUUCAUGGACAGCACGUUGGCAACCCACCGUAUAAACUUCUUUAUUUGUUGUGAGUGAGAAGACAGUUCUGCAGUUGAUCGUAUUGGGAACUUUACUGUCUAAUCGAUUUGUACAACCUUUGUCUCAGCUGAUACAAAGAAGGUUCUUCAUCCUUUCCUCCCCUCCAUCUCUUUUUUUCUUGAAAUCUAACAUGGCUCCUUCGUUUCAGUUGCUUGCCACCCUUUCUACCUGCAGGCAAUGCUUAGCAUUCCAAAGACAUUCUCUUAAGGUCAAUACAAAUUAACGGGAAAUUUAAUUAAAGUUCCCAGUGCUUUUGCUUAAAGUGGUGUGUAAUGGGUAUCUUCUAUCUGGCCUUCCCGCUACAGCACCCUGCUCACCCCCCACACCACCCCGGAAAAAGAACUUAACUCGAGCUCGAAGGGGGUUAUCAAUAAUGAACAGAGGUAAUUUCAGAGGGAGAAUUAGAGACUUAAUGAAAAUGUGGGAAACGUGAAAUUAUCUUGCAAGUUGCCGGAAAGAGUGGAUGGGGAAAUGAAGCACUGCGGCAUUUCAGCCGAGACUUGCCUUGAGAAUGCUGUUCAGGCAGUGAAGAGCAGCUGCUUUCGUUGCUCUGAUGUGCAUGGCUGUCAUACUUGGGCCACCUUCACUCCAUACUUUUAAAGAAUCCUGGGAGCUGUAGUUUGUUGAGUGUGCUGAGGGCUUUUAGGAGACCUUCCUGUUCCCCUCCCAGAACUCCAAUCCCCAGAAUUCCCUGGGAACAGAGACUGAUCGUUCAGCCACUCUGGAAAUCAUGGGGGGAAGGGUUCUCCUAACAACCCUCAGCACACUUUACAAAAUAUAGUUCCUGGGAUUUUUUGUGGGGGGAUGCCAUGACUAUUUAAAAGGGUAUGGUAUUGCUUUAAAUGGGGCCUAAAUCUGCUAGGAGGCUGAACAGGGAACCUCAAACUUGAGUAGAACCCAUAGGUAUGUUCCCAAUAGCACUUGCUUCAACAAUUAUUUCCUUCCUUCCAUGUGGCUUGUUCACCAUAGGAGCCAACUCCUGGGAGCCAAUGCCACUUCACCCCCCCCAUAAAAUACUGAGCGGACUGGGCCCCCACAAAGUUGAUGGGCAUUGCUAUUCAAGUGGUGUGCAUGUGCUGCAUCAUGUGAUCGAUUAUGCAGAGUGGGGCUUACCUGACAACCCCUCCCCCCAAUAUUUUAUUCAAGUUGGCACCCCUGUUGUCUACCAUAUGCAGGUUUAGUUUUUGGCACAGGCUCAGUGGUUCCAACUUCAUAGCCUCAUUUUGGAGGUGCUACAAGCCAUUGCAUUGCCACAUACAGUUCUCUCGAUUUGCACACCAUUAGAUGCAUAUGGACUCCCGGCAAUGCCGUUUCCUGCAGUUUGUUUAACUGAAUACGUAGGAGCAUAAGAAGCUUCCUUCAGAGUGCAUUCCAUCAGCUUUGACUGGUGGUCCAGCUGUGCCCUUAUCUGGACAGGGAUAGUCUAACUUCUGUUGUCUAUGAUCUGGUAAACUCUAAAUUAGAUUACAGUCGUACCUUGGAUCUUGAACCUAAUAGAUUUGGGGAGUCCAUUUGGCUCCUGGACCCGUUCGAAAACCAAGGCGCGGCUUCUGAUUGCCUGCAGGAGCUUCCUGCACUCAAUCGGAAGCCACGGAAACCAUGUAGGAAGUUCAGCUUCUGAAAAAUGUUCGCAAACUGGAACACCUACUUCUGGGUUUGCAGCACUCAGGAGCCAAUUUGUUCGGCUACUAAGCCAUUCGAGAACCAAUGUACGACUGUACUGCAAUGCGUUAUAUGUAGGGCUGCCUCUGAAGAUGGUUCAGAAACUUCGGGUGGUACAGAAUUAUAUUACAGUGCCAGGCGAAGACGUUCUUCUUCAACCAGGUCUUUGGCUUAUUAUAUUCUACCGCCUUUUAAAUGUGUUUGUGGAAGGGGGGUCGUUGCUUUGUUGUUUCUGUUUUAACUUUUUAUUUGUGCUUUUAUCUUGCAUUUUUAACUGGUGAACCACCCUGAGAUCUUUUGAUGAGGGGCAGAAUACAAAUCUAACACCCUCAUCUUCAUCCAGCUCAUGAUUGUCUGCACUGAUUGACAGUGGUUCUGUAGGAUUUCAGGCAGAAAUCUUUUCCCUGCCCUACCUGGAGAUGUCAGGGGUUGAAACUGGGGGCUUGCGCAUGCAAAAUGGAUGCUCUGCUACUGAGCUACAUCCUGUCCCCUAAAGUCUGUUGAUUUUAAGGUGUCCAGUGUGAAUUUGGCUUAUUCAGAUGCUACUGCCCAGUUUUACUGCACAGCACAGGAAGAGGCUGGCUGCACUGUAUUGCUUCCGCUAUUGCUGAAGAUAACAUGGAACAGAGACCUGUGAGAUAUAACUGAGUGCUGCUGGGCCGGGGGAGAAAGAGAUUUGCAGAGAGGUGUUUCAAGCUCUUCUGACCACCCAUGUUCAUUCACUAUUCUGGUAGUUCCUGGUUUUUAUAAACAGAAGUUGGUCUCCAGUGGGCGACUUCUGUUGCUGAAGGAAUUUAGUCUUCCAGCCAAGGUGUUACAUUAUAUAUGCAAAGUAGUUUUUUUCCUUGUGUGGGGAAUUCUUAAAAUCAGUUUUUAAUCGGCCCACAGCAUCAAAAAAGAGCGAGCGAGCGAGCUGCUUUUCCACAGCUACAUUGGAAGAGGCAAUUCCAAAAGCAAGGAGGGUUUCCCAGCUUGUUAGUGCAUCUUGCGAGUUUCCCUCCUGAGUUUAUUUGAAGCAAGAAAUGUUAUGGCGUAUAAAAUAAAUCUGAAGUGGCGUGUUUUAUUAUUGAAAGAAAAAGGGAAAGAAGUCUGGGCAGAAUAUUACAUUCCUCCACUUUUUGAGCUGAAUGAAUGUGCUCGUGUGUUUUCGAGAUAGGCUGGAAGGAUUUACUGGCCUGGUUUAAUGCAGUCCUUUCCAGUAUCUCAAAUGACAUCACAGCCUGGGGUUUUUUCCCCCUGCCCCCACUUGAUAAUGAACAUUUUAUUGCACGUUUAGCAGAAUGAUUGAUUUAGUUCCUAAGCUUGUGUUUGCUGAGUGAUAUUUUUUUAACAUUCGGAAGGAACACAUGGAAAGAAUCAUUUUCCUAUACUACUAAAAAAAAAUUCAAUGAGAAACUCAGAAAAACAUUUGGAAAGGACAUAAAUUAUUCCAUAAAUCGGCACACAGUAGCUGUGUGUAAUAUUAUAUCUAAAACUCUCUGCUUGGUCGGUAGAGUAGGGCAAAACUGUGGAGUUGAGGGGACUGUGGUUGUUCCCGUAGGCUAGGGGUGGGCAGCCUUUUCCAGCCCAAUGUCUCAUGGCCAACUUUUGGGGGGCCACAUGCUGGGGGUGAGCAGGGCCAGAGGCAAAAGUGGGCAGGGCAACAGACGCGACUCACUUUUGUACAUUGUACAUUCUGUCCAUGCCAAAGUCAGAGGUUUCGAACACAGAUAUCUCUCCACCUGGGCAAGCAUGAAAGGUUGUUGUUUAGUUAAUUCAAUUUACACCCUGCCCUUCCUCACAAAUGAGCCCAGGGCAGUCAACGACAAGCAAUAAAACAGUAAAAACAGAUUUAAAGCAUCUUAAAAACAAUUCCAAUACAGCUGCAGAGUGGGCAAGAUCUCUGUUUAAAAGUCUUCUUGAAAGAGGAAGGUCUUCGGCAGGCAGAGGAAAGACAUAAGAGAAGGUGGCAGUCUAAGAUUUAACAGGAGGGGAUUCCAAAGGGUAGCAGCCACAGUUCUUACAUUGUGCAGAACAGACCUCCUAAUAACACGGUAUUUGCAGGACAUGCCUAUGCGAUAAUUUUCGCAUUUUACAUCUUUCACAUGACGUAAAGGUCACUUCUGAAAAUCUAGAGGAAGUUUAGCCCUCAUUUACAUCUUAAUUGCUUCCAGGAAGAAGAAGAAAACUCUUUGCAACCCUGUUAGUUUGGAAAGUCAGAAGAGUUUUGCUCUGUAAUUUUCCCACCGUUUUCGUAGAUCAUGUUAUUUGGAGGAAAAAUGGGGUAAUAUUUCAGCGAAUAGGGUUUCCCCCCGGGGGAAUCCUGGAGGAACAGAAGGGUGGCAACAUGUCCAGUCAGGGCCGAUGUUGUGUCAAACCGCAGAUGUGAAUGAAAUUUAGUAUGGCAUGGCAGUAUAUCAAGCCAAAAGCUACACAUUUCUAUAAUGCAACAGGUAAAGCCAUGCAAAAGGAAUGUUAGAAACCAGGACAGAACCACAUUCACAUCAUGCAUUUAAAACACCAUGACACCACUUUAAAUAGCCAUGGGUUCUUCCCACCCCCAAAUAAUUAAUUCUCCUCACAGAGCUAUGAUUUCUAGAGUUGCUUAAUGAUCAGUCCUUCGUCACAGGGAAUUAUGGAAAUUGUAGCUCUUUGUGGGGUAAAGGAAGGCAAGUAAAAGAGUGAAAUGAGCACCCAUAAUGCUGAGAGUUGCUAGGAGACCCCCACUGCCCUUCCAGAACUACAGUUCCCAAAGUGGUUUAACAAUCAAAACAUCUUUCCAGAGAACUCUGGGAACUGCAACUCUGGGAAGGGGAAUGAGGGUCUCCUAGCAACUCUCAGCACCUUAACAAACUUCAGAUCCCAGGAUUCUCUGGAGGAACCAAUGAGUGUUUAAAGUGGUUUAAAUGUAUGGUGUGGAUGUAACCUCUGUAUCACCAUCUAUGCCCCUCCACCUGCUUUCCUAACUCUCUAUAUUAGCUCUACAACUAAUGUCAAACAUGGCAAGACAAAAUUGUUAUUCAAGGCAACCAGAUAAUCCAUUUAAAGGCAAAGAAUAAACUCUCUAAACCAGGAAAGAAGGAAACAUUACUGACCCUACGUACCAAAGGGAUAAGGUGGGAAAGAAGCAUAAAUCUUUGCUGGGCAAUGUUGAGCCUGUUGCUUAGUACAGCUGCCUGGGCAGCCGCCUCCGUUCUCUGUGUGGGCAAGAGGCAAGAUCAAAGGAGUUCAGAAGCAAAAUUAUUUUUUUCUGGCUGACUCAUUCACUGGAUGGCUCCUGAAUUUCUCACUGCCCGUGAUUUCCUUGCUGGUUCCGAAACUGUUACUCACAGCACAAAACCCUCACUCACCUCUAGCUUUUUGAAAGCUGUGCUGCCUAUUCACAUCUGCAGUUCAAAUUGUUCUUUAAUAAGGCUGAACUUUAAAGCCCAUUCGAAGCACAUUUCCCCCCCUCAAAGAUUUCUGAGCACUGUAGUUUGUUAAGAGUAACUCUGUAAAGGAUAAACUACAGUGCCCAGAAUACUUUGAGGAGGGAUUUGCUUUCAGUGGGGUUUAUGGGUAUAGCGUGUACCAACCUAUAAGGGCUCACCCAAAUUUCCACUUGCCCUGCCCCUUUCCCCUAGAGAAACCCACUGUUUACAACUAAAUCAGAGCAAACAUCCAUCAGGUUUCCUCCAAAACGACGUUUGCUGUGAUUCAGUACUAAAGAGCACGUUUUCUGGGGGAGGACAGAGGGGCAAAGACAAAACUUCUUGGACCUGUGGUUAGAAAGCAGAAGUGUGGAUGAGCCCUAAGAUGACCUACAAGUAUCAAAAAGCAUUUUUAAAUGAAAGAGACGACGACGACGAAGAUGAUGAUGAAAGAGAUGAGGAGGACGAGAAUUUGUAUACCGUCCUAUAGUUGCAGGUCUCAGGGUGGCUCACAAGAUAAAGUCACGAUAUAAAAACACAAAAUACAUAAUAGAAAUAAAAACAAGAACAACCCUGUAAUUGCCCCCUCCUCAAAGCAUUUUAAUGUCAAUCAGCCAAAGGCCUUGUUAAAGAGGAACAUUUUCACCUGGCACCUAAAGGUGUAUAUUGAAGGCACCAGCCAAACCUACCUGGGGAGAGCAUUUCAUAAACGGAAAGCCGCUACAGAAAAGGCCUGUUCUUGUAUUGCCACCCUCCAGACCUCUCAUGGAUGAUAUUUAAUAUUAUUAAAGAGAAGAGAGCAGUCACAGCAAAGGUCACUCCCACACCAUGUAUUUAAAGCAAUAUAAUUCCACUUUAAAAAGCCAUGGCUUCCCCCAAAGACUUCUAGGAAGUAUAGUUUGUUAAUAGUGCUGAGAGUUCUUAGGAAACCCCUAACCCCCUUACCAAGCUACAGUUUUCAGAGUGGUUUAUCAUAGAAUUGUAGAGUUGGAAGGGUCCCUGAGGAUCAUCUAGUCCAGUGAUGGCCAAACUUGGCCCUCCAGCUGUUUUGGGACUACAAUUCCCAUCAUCCCUGAAUUGGUCCUGUUAGCUAGGGAUGAUGGGAGUUGUAGUCCCAAAACAGCUGGAGGGCCAAGUUUGGCCAUCACUGAUCUUGUCCAACCCCCUGAAAUGCAGUAUCACAGGGAACUCUGGGUGAAAACUUCCUUCAUCUCCAUCCAGCGCAAGCUGUAGGAUGCCAGGGAGUAGGUGGGAGUCAUAGUCCAAAAUCCCUGGACAGCUGCAGGUUGACUGUUCUAGGUCAGCCUUUGUGCUAAUCGUGUAAGGCAGUUUUUAACUCCUUCUGCUAACGGGGAAAUAUUUAAGCAUUGCAAAGCGGAUGUUCCAGAGAACAGGCUGAGAAAGGCCAUCGGUGCUUGGCUGGGCUGCAACGAGAUGUUGCCGCCCCCAUUCGGAUUUAUGGCGUGCAUCUCCCAUUGCUUUGUACAUCAAAGAAGUCUGCAUAUUGUACAGGCCGACAUAAUGAGACAGAUUGGCUCCAGAUCAAACUGCUGUGUGUGUGUGUUUUUUUACAAGUCAUUAUGAUUAUCCCAUAUUGCUUCUCAGGAAGAAGAAAAAGUAGUGAUUAGCAGAGGCCUCCUGGGCAGCUGUUUAGCUCCGUUUCCUCUUCCUUGGCUUUGACCCAACAAAGCAACAGCUCCCCUGGCACAGGGGGAGGGGGGUUCUGUGGGGCCAAGAGGUGCCAAAGACCACCUAUGAGGUAAGGUGGGGUGGGGCCGUGGCAGAAGACAAACAAUGCUUGCAUUCAGCGUUGGGCUCCCGAUUUCACAAAGGCAGUUGGUAGGCUGAAGCAAGAGUCAGAGGAGAGCAAGGAGGAUCCUACAAAGGGAUGAAAAAUGUAUCACCUAGAGUUGCCAAUGAAUUAUCUAUCUAUCUAUCUAUUGCAUUUCUAUCCCACCUUUUCCUCUAGGGUGCUCAAGGUGGUUUACAUAGUUCUCUCCAUGCUCAUUUAAUCCCCACAACAACCCGAGUGAGGAUUUGAACCCAGGUCUCCUGUAUCCUAGUCUGACACUCUGACCAUUAUGCCAAAGUGGAAGGUGCUGUAUGACCCAUUUUUUCAUGACUUCAAGAUUGGACUACUGUAACACGCUCCAUGUGGGGCUGCCCUGAAGGUUGGCUCAGAAGGUGCAGCUGGUGCAGAAUGGGGUAUCUAAGUUGCUCAGUGGGACCUUCUAUCACACCAGCAACUGUGUCAUUUAUUAUGAUGCCUUUAUUGAAGACCAUUUUGUGAAGGGUUUAGGCAAUCUGGACAUUUCUGAAUGAUAUGAAAAUUCUGGAGCACAUGCGCACCACUCUAAAACUUGAUAAUAAAGUGAGAUUUGGAUAUGAUAUCCCUAUUUUGAAAAUGCGUAUGUGUUCUGUUUGGUUUAAAAAAAAACCAGCUGUUGGUCAUGUUCAUGAAUUUACAUACUAACUUUUCUAUUUGUGUACUUUUUUUUUUACUUUUUUAAAUAAAUAAGCAAAUAAAUCCCUGGCUACUGGUCCAUUUCCGGGAAUAAUUCAAAAUGCUGGUUGUGAUCUAUAAGGCCCUAUAUACAUUGGGCUAAGGUUACCUGAAAUAUCCUAUCUCCCUCUAUGAACCUGCCUGGGUGCUGAGACCCUCGAGUGAGCGCCAUCUCUCAGUUCCCAUCAACAUCAGAAGCACAGUUGGUGGUGACACGAGAGAGAGCCUUUUCUGUGGCUGCGCCCAGAGUGUGGGAAUCCCUCCCAGGAGGGGUUAGACUGGCUCCCCCUCUUAUCCUUCCAGCAGCAAGCUAAGACCUUCCUGUUCUGAAAGGCUUUGCAUGGGGAAGAUGCAGAUGACGCUGGCCACUGCAUUUUAAUUGUUGCUUCCAAAUGUGUUUUGCUGUAUUUUAGUUAUUGUUUUUCACUAGUUUGCUUUUAUUACUUUCUGUUUUAUAAUGUGUUUUUAAAUGUUGGAAGCCACCUGGAAUCCCAACUUGGGAGAAAGGCAUAAUCAUCAUCAUCAUCAUCCAGGAAUCAGUGACUUGGAGCUGGCACUGGGCCCAUCUUAGUCAGCAUUGUACCAGCCCUGAUCACACUUAUAUUCUAGAGCCCCUAUUUAUUCAAGGGCUCUAUCCUCCAUCCUUCAAUCCCUUGGGGUCUCAAACUGAAGGCAGCUAAGAAUAAGGUGUCAAGGAACAAACUAGGUCUUAGCAGAAGGCGUAGAGGAGAGAAUUAAUAAAGGAAUUAGAGCUCGGCCUGGCUUUAUGUGGGGUGUUUUUGUUUCUUUGCUCUCAGCUCUGUGCCACUGGCAGCCUCAAGACCAGCCCUCGCUGGCCCCUUAACAGCCAGCAUUGAUUAAGCACUUAACACGGAGUGAUUUACCCAUCCAUCAUUAAGACAGGUGCUCUAUAGUUGUGAAAAUGCCUGGCUGGAGAAAAGAGCCCUUAACAGUUACACUUACAACUUGCAUUUCGCUAAAUGAAGAACAAAAGCCAUUGAACGCUCAGUAAAUAUUUAUUGGCGUAACAAUAAAGUGAUGAUUGGAGAGUCUUUUGGGUGAAGGAGAAACGGGCUUGGCUGAGCUCAGAUGCAAUCCAGCCGAGAGGGAGCACAGGAGGAAGCUGAAGAGGGCCUCUAACAUUUAAAGGAGUCAUAUUUGUCUGUGUAGCAUAAUACUAUAAGAACAGCUCUGCUGGAUCAGGCCAGUGGCCCAUCUAGUCCAGCAUCCUGUUCUUACAGUGGCCAACCAGAUACUCGUGAGAAAGUGGCAAGUAGGACCUGAGCACAAGAGCACAGCAGUUUCCAGCAACUGGUAUUCAGAAACAACCACUGUUUCCAGCAGUGGAGGAAGAGCAUAGUCAUUGUGGCUGGUAGCCAUCGAUAGCCCUCUCCAUGAAUUUGCCCAAUCCUCUUUGAAAGCAAUCUAAGCUGGUGACCAUCACAGCCUCCUGAGGGAGCGAGUUCCAUAGUUUAACUCUGCAAUGUGUGAAGGACUUUCUUUGAUCAGUCCUGAAUCUGUCUUGAAGAUGCUCAAAUGAAACUGGAACAAGCUUUGCUUUUAACCAAGGAUCAAUAAGCCCCCUUGAUGGCCUUCCCUUUCUUUUGUACAUUAUUCUUUCCAAAAAGCACUGGUGUCCUUGAGAUGUUCACUCUUGAUCUGGGCUUCUGGUGGAAUAGCUCAUGUUAUUAUACCACUGUGUUAUGAUCACUAACAAAAUCCAUGUCCAUGUAGAUCACAGUGGUAACACAGUCAAACUAGGGCCGGUCGCUAUCAUUAGGCAGAGUCAAGCGGCUUCCUCAGGUGGCAGAUGCAUAGGGGUGGCAGUCAUGAGACCCAGGACAGAGUUGUGUGUAUCUCCUCCUACUCUCCCCUACACUAGCCUGUCAGAAGACUGUCUAGACUGCUGGCCCAUUCAGCUUCAGUACAUGGAAUGGAGGGGCAUCUUCUACCAACUUUAGCUGGUGCACCAGCUGCUACCAUUCCUGGACCUGUUUCGCUGAACACAGCGGCUCAUUCAUGUCCUGGCUCCCAGUUGCUGUAGAACAAAGACCUGAAGAAGGAUUCUUUCCAAAGGCUUUAAUGCUUAGAUCACUGCAGUGCAGAUGCAAAUUGCUGGCUUAAGGCACUCCAGGCAAUGCACACGGUUAAUCCCAAAUUCAGCUGCAACAAAGGCAGGUGCUCCAACUGCCAAAGUUUUAGACGUUGAUCCGACACUGCUACACCCCUUGGCAUCCUAUAUAUAGGAAUGAGCCAGGCUCAUUUUCGGGCAGUAAGCAUUUCUGAAAUCUCUCGCUACGCCUAGUAGGCUCUCUUCUCUUUUGGUUCCUCCUAGACCUAGGUGAUGGAGAAUGUGUCUCUGCCUCCUGAGAGGUGGCUGGGAUGGGUGAACCUUUUCCCUUGAGGUAGGCAGAGCUACUCCCAGCAACAAGAUGGGCAGUGCAAUGAGCACCAUAGGAAUGUCAGAUGGAGAGGGGUGGGGAUGGAGAGGGAGGCAGGACAUGUGGCUCUCAUUCUGGGAACAGAUGAGACAAGAGAGCUGGUUGAGGGAAGCCUCACCCCCAGUCCUUGCUUAGCCACCCAGGUUCUCGGCCAAUCUGCAAUCUGCAUCAUCCUGACUCAGACAGCCCAUGACAAUUCGCUCAUUACGUCAAGACUCAAUUACUGUAACACGCUUUAUGUGGGGCUGUCUAAUUAUGAGGAUUGUAUCUCAUGAUUUCGGUUUCUCCUUAUUCAAAUCUUUACGUUCAGUUUCCUACUUUUUCACAUCAAUUUUUGUCUGUGUGUGUGUGGUUUUUUUCUCAUGAAAUUUUGUCAGCAGCUUCAGUGCAGAUUUCCUGCGUGAGUGUUUUUCCAAAGCAUGGAAGCGAGCACAAUCUUUUGCUGUGAAUGUCUGCAAGUGGCUGGUGCUGGCAGAGUCACAAGACUCCUUUGGAAAAGCUAGCAACACCAAACUGAAUAAUAUUGUUAUAUCUUAUUAUGUGGCUGCUUCCAACACUGCAGCUCUGCUCCUGCAACAGACCCCCUCCUCUCCCUCUGCCUCUCCUGUCCCCUCCAGCCCCACCCACAGGCACCCUCAAAAUCAGAGAAUAUUUAGGGAUUCGCAGGGGAAAGAGAAGAAGUUGUGCGAGUGGAACUCUGUGCAGCCCUGGAUACAAAUAAAUAAAUAAAUAGCAGUAUUACAGGAAAGGAGAAGCGUAUUGUCUGAAUGUGAAUAUCCUCCAGAAGUUUUUUUUCCCAAACAGGAAAGCUUUUCUGACACAUUUCACAUAAGUACAUGCUAAACUUCUUCCUUCUCACACACCCCUCCCUCCCCCAGAUCUUUCCUAAUUUCUGACAUCUGAUUGUCAUUAAAAUAAUUGACAUGCAACUGAACUGUUUGGUAUUCCUUUUCCAGUGGGGGAAGGGGAACUUGGCUCCACUCCCGAAAGUCUCGUUGAAAUGGGUUCAUGGCCAUCCCCACCGCUCAGAAAUGUCCUGUGACCAAAGCCCGGAUCUGAAAGAACGCAGAGCAUUAAUGUUUGACAUGUGGAAGCCCUGGGCGUGGGAUGUGGUGGGGGACGGUGAGGAAGAGAGCAGGAGCAUGGCUGAUUUUUAUUUUUAUUUUAAGGCUCUGACCGUGUAUGGAAAAGAGUAUAAUCUGCGAAUAUUAGUUGCAAGGGGAAGAUUCCCCUUAAAUAUGGCUCUAGGGUUUUGGGCUGGUUAGGAAUUGUGAAUGUUUGAUGAAAUAUUUUAAUACACUAAAUCCUGCCUGCCAUUUGUCCACCAUCUCCAGCUAUUGGCAGAACUGCUGUGAUGUCAUGGUGUGUUCAUGGAUGUUCUGCUCACUUCCUGCAUUGACAAAAUUCGGACAAGUCAUUCAGAUCCUUUCAGGGAAAUAGUCUUAUUUUUCCAUAUAUAUAUAUAUCACAGAGUCUUCAGAUGGGAGAAAGCUUUGCACUGCUGAUAUAUAGCAAGGGGGGACAUUAAAAAAUUUAAUUAAUCAAGGUGGCAUCCACAGUUCUCCUCCUCCCCAUGUUAUCCUCAUAACAACCCUUUGAGGUAGGUUGGGUUGAGAGUGAGUGACUGGCCCAUGGUCACCUGGAGAGCUUCAUGGCUAAGUGGGGAUUUGAACCCUAGUUCAGCACUCUAACCACAACAUCAGCUCUCUAAUCUGAAUCUGAAGGGAAGAGGGUCCAGAAGCUGAAAGGUAGGGAAUGAUGGGAAUGAACAGUAGGUUGAUAAUGGCAAGAUAGAAGUAGAUGCAUUGAGGUCAAAGAGGAACAAUGGGAUAGGAAGAGCCCUAGGAAAAAAAAAAUACCGCUGAGCUGAGGUACAUGGGAAAGAACACAAGCAGAUGCUUCAUACUGAGUCAGACCCUUGGUCCAAGUAGCUCAGUAUUGUCUACACUGCAGCAGCUCUCCAGGAUUUCAGACAGGGGGCAUUGCCAGCCCUACCUGGAGGUGCCAUUGGGUAUUGAACCUGUGACCUUCUGCAUGCAAGGCAGGAGCUUUGCCACCGAGUUACAACCCUCCAACUUUGCACCAGCCACCACACUUUGCUCCCUGUUGCUCGUCCCAUGUUUGCUGCACUCCAGUCAGGGAGGCGCCAACAUCUUGGGAAGGCUUUUAAGUGGGUCUCGUUUUCCUGAGGACGAGGCUGGCAGAUAAGUCAUGAAGUGACAGGAGAACAAACUGGUGUUUGGAGGCGCCGUGGAACGGAAGAACAAUGGUCCCUUUUUUAAAACCUGCACCGUGCCAGAAACCUCAGCCAGUUAGCAAGAGCUGUCAGUGUUUGCUGACUGCCCGGUCUUGGAAGGGCAAUUUGAUUUGGUAGCUUGAGGACACGGCAUUGUAUCGCCUUGUGACCUGGCUCUUCAAACCGUGCCCAAUUUGGAGUGCCCGCUCCCCUCUGCGUCUAUGAAGUGUUAUCUUUGCAGCUCCCAAGAGUAUUACUCACUUCAAGGCUGCGGCUGAAACCCAGAGAGCUUGUUUUCAAGUUUAUCAAGAAUGCCCAACAGGUCAUCGCAGCUUUCAAGCAUGAAUGCAGGUCUUGUUUUUUUGUUUGUAAAAGAGCCCCAGGUGGCAAGCCACACACAAACACAAGGGAGGGUUCUGUCCUUACAGCACCAAAAGGAAUAUACACACAACAAAGACUCCAAGUCCUCUUUGUUGUUAUGCUGCAACAGACUCACAACAGCUGGGGAAAGUUAAUUGUUCCAUAGCACUAAUGCAUGCUCUGGUAACUCCUGAUUAGGCUACUGCAAUGGAGUAUCUGGUGUGAGAUGGGGAAGAAAACCCGAAUUCUGUUCACAUUUAAUUCCAUUUUUUUUUCUGAAACAAUACGAAAAAUGAAACACAGUUCCCCUGCGAAAUCUGCCCAUCUCUGAAUUUUGCAAUUCAGUUCUCCCAUGCAUAUAUCAGCAGGAAAGGAACAUUAAAGUAAAUAUAUUGGAGACAGUAACAUACAAAAAUGCAUUAUAUUAGGGGGAAUUCAAAAUAAAAUAACAGAAAAAUUUCCUGCUGACUAUAUAUAUAUAUGUAUCCACAAAUCGAUGUGGAAAUCUGUAGAACUUGAACAGAUGAUUCAAGAAAUAAGAAAACUGAGUGGAUAGAUUCUCUCAUAUUCAUAUAUGUGCAUUUUUUAAAAAAAAAAAAUCUGGCUUUAAAAUAGUGUUAUUAUUUGUUUUUCAGUAUAUAUAUUGUUCUGAAAAUUUUAAAAAGUAAAUUAAAAGCUCCUUGUUACAGUCUUGGUGCAAUGCCAGUAUCUGGGUAAAGCCACAGUCCCCUCAUAAUACAACAGUCACUGCAGUGUGAAAGGAAUGUUAGAAAACAGGAUGGAAGCACUUGCAUUAUAAUCAGGAAAACCAAAGCAGUAUGGAACUCACAGGUGGAGAAUAUUUAUAUUUUUAUAUGUCUUUAUUAUUGGUAAAGAAAAUCUUUACAUGAGUAAAUACUUGAUUAGCCCGUUGGAUCUGUGCUAUAUCUUUGUACUUUUGUCCUUCCAGGCUGCAGUGCUUUAUAUUUUUAAUUUUUGGUUUUCUUAGGCUUGCAUUUUUUGUGUCUGUGGACAAAUCAAUGAUACACAUAAUUUUUUAAAAAAGAAAAAGUAAAAAGAAAACCAAUGCGAUCUUAUUUGUAUCUGAUUGCACCCAUAGAGAGUUGGUGGGGGUCUGAAGGAUGUAGAAUUAUCGAGGCAGGAUCCUUACCAGUGCCCUUUUAUUUCCCCAGAAACUUGAUGCCCCGCACCUUGGAGGGACAGAUCACCAUGGAGAAGACACCGAGCUACUUUGUGACCAAGGAAGCCCCCCGGCGCAUUUACAACAUGUCCAGGGACACCAAGCUGAUUGUGGUGGUGCGCAACCCGGUGACACGGGCCAUUUCAGACUACACACAGACCCUUUCCAAGAACCCCACCAUCCCUAGCUUCCAAGCCUUGGCCUUCAAGAACAUCAGCACGGGCCUCAUCGACACCACCUGGAGUGCUGUGCGGAUCGGCAUUUAUGCCAAACACCUGGACAGCUGGCUGCGGUAUUUCCCCCUGUCCAAGUUCCUCUUUGUCAGUGGGGAGAGGCUGGUGAGCGACCCAGCCGGGGAGAUGGCCCGCGUCCAAGACUUUCUGGGGAUCAAGCGGGUGGUGACAGACAAGCACUUCUACUUCAACGAGACUAAGGGCUUCCCUUGCUUGAAGAAGCCCGAAGGGAGCAGCCGACCCCGGUGCCUAGGGAAAUCCAAAGGGAGGCCGCACCCCAAAAUCGACCCGCAGGUCAUCCGCCGCCUGCAGGAGUUCUACAGACCCUUUAACAUGAAAUUCUACCAGAUGACAGGGCAGGACUUUGGCUGGGACUGAUGGAGAGACCCCUUCACGUGACGGGGGAAAGUUGAACUUGCUAGAGGGUGGACUGGCCCUAUUCCCAGCAGCCUGUUGAAUACUGCAGGCCCCUCCGACACACAGUUGUAGGGCAAGGGACGUCUGAAAUGGGUCUCGGGUCAGGGGGGACGUCUCCUUUUCGUUAUAAUUUAUAUCACCUCUUGCCAGUAAGGAAGAAAUGUACGCUUACCGAGUAGAGAGAAAGUAUUUAAGUUUUGUUUUUGUUUCGUUUUUUAAACACCAUCAGCAACAGAAGAGAUCAAGUCCAGGAAACCCAGAUCUGACGAAAUAUUCUGCUGAAUAAACCUGGCUAAUAUAGACAAGGCAUGGAAGUUUUUGAAGGAGUGUGAGUGAGUGACAAUGCGAGCAAGGGAGGAAGAACGCAGAACACAGCCUUGACUAAUGGCACAGCCCACUAUGUUCUUCUCCACACAUCCUUUGGGAUGAAUCCAACUUUAGUCCUGCUCAAGGUCAGCCUUUUGAUAUUGAUGGACAUAACUAAUGUUGAGCCACUGAUUUCAAUUGAUGUGCUCUGGGCAGAACUAAGGCCACAUUCACACCACUAGGAUCCCAUAAACAGGCAUAGCUCCCACUCCAAAAGAAUUCUGGGAACUGUAAUUUGUUAAAGGAGCUGAGAGUGAUUAGGAGAACCCUGUUUCCCCCAGAACUAGUUUAAGAAUCAGUCCCUCUCCCUGAGGAACACUGGGAAUUGUAAUUCUCUGAGUGGAAUAAGAGUCUCCUAACGGCUCUCCCAGUUCAUCCACCUGGGAGCUGAUCAAUGUUCUCCAAGUGGCAUGUGAGAAGAGCCUCCUUCUGUGCAAAUAAUGUUCUAAGAUGUGGAGCAAGCAGGCCAGCAUGUUCUGGCCCAUUUGACCACUGCAACAAGUGGAUAUCAUAAGAUGAACAACUACAGACAAAGUUGCCCCACACAUGCACAGAAUCUGCAUCUGUGAUCAAAGAACACUGAGCAAGGAAGUGGUAGGUUCAUAAAAGGAUCAGUGGUGGACUCUGAAGUCACUUCCACACCAUAUAUUUUAAGCAUUGUUAUACCUCUUUGAACAGUCAUAGAAUUGUGAGAACUGCAGGUUGUCAAGGGUAUUGAAAGUUGUUCAGGGAGCCCUAUUCCUCUCACAGAGCUACAAUUUCCAGAGGGGUUCAACAAUCAGUCCUUCUUCCCUAGGAACUCUUGGAAUUGAAGCCCUGUAAAGGGAAUAGAGGGUCUCCUAACAACUUUUAAGCAUUGUGGCUGUUCAUUUCACUCUUGCCUUGCAGGGUGGGGAGGUCUGCAUCCUAGGAUAACAUCCCCAUGCAAACCUUUUAGAGAAGAGGCCUGUUGUUCUCUUUUUGCCACAGAUCUGGCAAAUGCUAAUCCAUUUUUUUAUGGCCCCUCAAAACAUUUCUGUGAGAAAUAUGAACUAAUAAAAGGGAAAAAAGCUCUGAAUAGACUCCAAA